AUGGAGAGGAUCUUGCUGGGUCUCUUGUGUCUCUCAGGUCAGUAAACCCUCCAUUACAGCAGAUGACUUUCAUUCUGCUAAAAAAAAACGGAUGAUUGAAACUAUUUUGAUGACAUGUCUUACAAAAAUUAGGACAGGCACAUGUUUACCUUUCUGUUGAUUCAUCUGUUCCCCAACAACACUCUGUUAAAAACGAUCAACCUGCUGAACAGUUCAGUCUCUCCUUUGUUCUAUUUUAUUCAUGAUGCAUCAGAGAUUUUCAGUGGAGGACAAGCCAAGACUGCAGAUAGGCCAAUUUAGCAUCUGGACUCUGCUACUACGAAGUGUGCAAAAAUACUGUAGCGUUGUAUCUUCUUGUUAUAUCAUGUAAGAUCUUCCCUGAAAAAGUCAGUGUCUGGAUGGCAGCAGAUGUUGCUCCUAAACCUGUAGAUAUUGUUGAGCAUCAAUGCAGCCUUCAUGUACAUGUGAACUACCCAUGCUAUUGAUACUUAUGAUAGACUGCAGAAAACAUGACAACUUUGUGAUGUUGCCAUGAUAAAACAUGUCAGCUGUUUGUCAUAUGUGUCCUCCUUACAGGAUGGCACUUCACCUCCUGCCUUCCCCAUCAGUACCACUAUGAGUCUGAAGAAAAGACCUGGACUGAAGCUCAGACCUUCUGCAGAGAGACUUACACAGACCUGGUCACUGUUAAAAGUGCUGAAGAAGUCAAACAAGUCUUAGACACAGUUGCAGCUCAUGGUAAUGACAAUAUGUACUGGAUUGGUGUGUACACGAAGAUUGAAUGGAAAUGGUCAGACGGCUACACAGCAAGUGGGGCUGACUACAUGAACUGGGAAACUAUUGAGGACAAUGAGCCUGAUUUUUAUUCAGGUGAACAGUUCUGUGUGGAUAUUGAACAUGAUGGAAAAUGGUGGGAUUAUGAUUGCCUUAACAAGCUGCCCUUCUUCUGUUACAGAGGUAAGACCAGGGUUCAAAGUAAGGGUGUGUCAAGACUUUUUUUAAUUAAUUAAAAAUCAGAACUAAGUUCAUUGCCAAGAUGGUUUACAAAUAACAGUACUCUGUCAUUGUGUUUUGGUGUUUUAGGGCUAAAUUAAGGAUCAUAGGAUAACAAUGCAAAUAAAAAUAGAAAUACAUGUGUGAAAAUAGUAACAUGCAGAUAGAAAUAAGUCAACAGCUUUUUCACAGUAAUACUAUCACUGUCAAGGAACUGUUAAUAUAAACAGUGACAAUUUCAAAUCAAAGCAGAUCAAAGUAAAGCAGAAGUAGACUGAUUGAUCAGGACGAUUAAUGAAGCCCAUCAAUGGCAUUUUGAAAUGAUCAGUAAUAGCUGAUAUCUGGACUCAUCAGUCCAAUUAAAAACAUGAACAAAUCAUGUCUGUAGACACCGCAGGCAGACUAGUAUAUGAAGGCACUGCCAAGUAACAUGAUAAGACUUACUGUUACUGACCAGUGUUUAAUAUAUCAUAAAAAUAUGUCAGGUUCUUAUAUAUAUCUGUCGCAAAACUGUUGAAAAACCUGUAUCAGUGGACCACCAAUAGAAAGAAAACUUGAACAGAAUAUAAACAACUUUGGCACUGAGGGUUGUACAUUCUGUAUGUGUAAGACAGUGAAGAGCAAUAUGAGUGCAAAAGAUAUCAGGACAAAAUAGGGCCCAGACUUAUACAGCCUAUGUAGUUGAUUUUAGUCUUUCUUCUGAUAGGAUCACUGGCAAAUCAUUGUAAAUGUUUCUUCAAUUCCACUUGGAUUGGCAAAUAAGAUUUGAAAUGAAGUUAUCAGUCUUGAGAUACUGCCACCUUACAACAGGUUUAACAGAAAGUAAACUUUGGAUUAAACAUUUCCUCAUUUUAAAACUCAGGCACACCACAGGAUCCAGAGUUUGUUUUUGUCCAGGAGAGCAUGAGUUGGUCUGAUGCUCAGAGGUUCUGCAGGGAGAACUACAUAGACCUGGCCACUGUGAGGAACAGCACUGAGAACCAGAGGCUCCACAACACAAGGCCAAACUCAGACUGGACAUGGAUUGGUUUGUACAGAGAUCCAAACAUUCACUGGUCUGAUGGGAGUGACUCUGCGCUUACGUUCUGGAUUAAUGGCAACAACCCACUGGGCAACAGGAGAGUGAUGUGUGGAGCUGGAGAGGUGGUGUAUUCGGGAGAAUGGUGGGCAUUGCCCUGUGAAGAAAAAUACCCAUUCAUGUGCUACUCCUCUGGUAAGUGACUCAACUGUCCUUUAGUUAAAUUUGGUAUCUCACAGUUAUUACAUGGCAUGUUUUUCUCCCUUUUUUGAAUAAAAGGGAAAAAUCAUGUGAUAACACAGGAGAUAAAGACAGAGGACCCCUCUGUGGACAUGAACAACCCUGCUGUGAGAGCAGUCAUCCUCAGAGAGGUGAGCCUCCACAUACAUGACAAAAAAGUUAAUCCAUUAAAUACUUCUUUUGAUCACCAUUUCUUCAUUUCUUUGAGAUAGUUUCCAUUUCAAUUAAUUCUGCUUUUAACAAACAAAGAUUUAAAUUUAAAUCGUCUCUAUUUAUGUUUCCAGCUCCAGAACAGGCUGGAGGAGAAUGGACUGAGCGGAGUCACCUUAAAGUGGAGAGUGCAGCCUGAUGGGAAAGUUUUCCACAAAAAUGAGCAGAGUUCUCCAAAGAAAUGGAGCCAAGAGACUGAAGUCUGUAAAAAUGUCAAGGUAUUCUGACUUGAUUUGAAGCUAAAGUUCAAAUCUGAUCGGUAUGAUAUAAACAUCCUUCUUUUAAAAUCAAGAGGAAGACCUUUCUUACUUACACACCCACUGCCCACCUCAAAAAUCAAAUGUGGUCACCUUCUCUCCUGUACACACAUCCUCAAAAGUCAAUUAAUGAGAAUGGCAGUGCUCCAAAAGAUAAACAGUUUUCAACUGAGAUGCUGCAAUACUAAGGCUGUGUCUCAUUUCAGAGGUUGCACUGUCGGACGGCGCAUUCCAAGUCUGUGUGAUGUCAUCAUGCGGUGCAAACAGUGUCCUAUUUGGCUCGUAAUUCUGAGCGCGCUUCAAAUGCAGUCUCAAAAUCACCCUGCCCCCGCCCCUUUUUCAAGCAUACAUUUAUGGGUUGGAGGCUAGACUCACUUAGAGACGAAGCGCGUCUUCACAGAAAAUAAAAGAAAUCCAAAAACAGCAGACAGUCAGCUCAGGCUGCAUAAGCGCACGAUCUCUUAACUCACUAAAAUCUGCAAACCAAACAUUAUAGUCUUUAGAGCCAAACUGAUCCGCUCUGCUACAACAAUCAAAAACAUUAGAAAUAAGAAAGCUGACAAAACUACAACAGAGUAUCUGGGACACAUCAAGGUUUUUUUUUCUUCUUUUUAAAGACGUGGGGCUCUAUUUUCAUGCCUCGCCGGCGACGCGGCGCAUGCGCAGCUUCAGUCAGGUCCGCCGUGCCGACAAGGCAAUCCCAAGCACAAUUUGUUAUUUUGGUGAGUGGCGCAGCCCGGCGUAAGUAUCCCCCUCCCUAACUCAGCUCCUCCCAGCGGCGUAAGUCAUCGCGAGGGAGGAGAAAGGGCGUGGAGUGGGUUUAACACAGCCGAGACCUGUUUUCACCAAUCACAUAAGCUCCCCUCCUUGCCUUUAAAUCUGCCACAGGCGAGGCGUAUGACUAUUUUCAUGAAGUAGUCAAAGAGAUCAAGAGAUGUCUGAAGACAGCUAUGCCACAUAAUGGCGACAGAAGGCAGCUCCUCAACAAGUGUCACUGUAAGCGCUGCAGAGGGCGUCCUUCACACUCUCUCAUAUGAGCACAGAUGGAUUUGGUGUGUGUAAUGUUGGACCCACUAGUAAGACAAACACCCUUUUCCACAAACAAAGACACUCAUAUACAGUUGCACAUAUUCAAACCUCACGUGACAAAGGUGGGAUUUGCGCACGGAUCACAACAUAAAUUCCAAAAAUGGCAUUAAAAUCGGAACCAUCUAUGAGAAAAGACACAUCGGGCUCCAUGGCCUGGCUCUUUCUUUCAUAGAUGUUGGCAUAUAAAAUAUAUUUGGCUCACAAAACUACACAUUAUAAUAUUCAAAUGUAGGCUUAAAGUAGAUAACGCAUCUGGGCACUGAAACAAAUCAUCUGUUCAGCCGCAGCAGCAGCAGCUGCAGCAGGACAGGGAGAGGACACAGAGACAGGUCCAGGUCGAGCUGCGCGAGAAAUAAGAGGAAGAGGAAGAAAGAAAAGAAGGGAGAUGAAUUACAUAUCUUGUUAACUUCAUCAUGUGUGUCUAUUUACUAGAUAUUUAAUUUAAUUUAAUGUGGUUUCAGCUGUGUUGAUUCGGUCAGGUUGUGUGUCCAAACGCAUGCCAGACGUGCUCAUCAGAUAAGAUAUAGAUCAGAAUAUAUCUAUAUAGAUCUAAAUGUAUGUGCUGACUCAGAUUGUUAGUUGUUGAAUAUUACUUACUGCACUGAAAUGUGCCUGAAACUGUGGAAACCUGCCGGUGAGGCAUUGGUGACGUAUGCCGAUAAGCCGCCGGACUACUAAAAUACCACUAGAUCAGCUGCACUCUGCCUGCGCUGAAAGCUGACCAGGUUUGAAUCGGCAAGCUUUCAGCGCACUUUAUACGCCACCCGCAAGCAUAAAAAUGUCACUGCGCCCGCUGAUUCUGUCGACACCUCCCCCCUGCCACACCACAACGCCCAGCUGGGCGGAUCUUGGUUCGCCUCUGUCCACGAAAAUAUCAAACUGGCUGUACGCCAGGCUCCACCAGACGAAAAUACAACUGCGCGGGUCCGCCACCCUCCGCCGUCUCACUGGCGAACACGACAAUAGAGCCCCUAGACAUUAAAGUUGUAAACUUGGGAGAAUAAAGUUAUCAAGUAAAUAAAGUCAUAAAGCUGCUUUUUUGGACGGGGAAAUGACUGAAGCUGAAUACAGUAUAUUAUCGGUGAAUGCAUCAGCGGGUCAUUCAGAGAGUUUUUGUGUUUUUUUAAGAAACGAUCAAACUGAUGAUCAAUAUUUGUGAUCCAGAGGGAGUCGAGCUCCUAUGUGCACCAUGUCUCUGAUAUGGAUUCAUAUCAUUAACUAAAGCUCAGUGCCAUUCACAGCUAUUUACGGCUGCAUUGACGGAUUUAUCCAUUUCUGCCUCCACAAAAGCAGCGAUUUCCUCCAAGUCCACCUGUUUUUGUUUCCUGGAAAAGACACUUUUCUCAUAUAUUCUUUUUUAAGUCUUUAUACUUAUGACAAUAUAUGAAGACUUUCUAAGUCUUUAUACUUAUGAAAUUGUAAUGCUGAUGUGCCAAAGGAUGAAGUAUGUCCUUGUUUGUGAAACCUAUACUGAAGCACAGUUCCUUCAAAUGCCUUAUGGCCCUAAUUUGAAUAAUUCUCCUUUGAAAUAACAGGUAACCUUACGACUUCAUUCUAAUAAAUUAAUGACUUUAUUCUCCUAAAUUCACAACUUAAAUCUCAAAGUCUUUAAAAAAAGUUCUCAAUACGGCCCUCAUACUCCCUUAUGGCAGCCACGUUUCCACCACCACCAAAAGUGUGACUGUGUGAGCGAAUGAAUGAUGUAUCCAAUGUAAAGCGCUUUGAGGGUCUCUGAUAAAGCGCUAUAUGAAAUCUGAUGCAUUAUUAUUAUUAUUAUUAUACAAAACAAGCAAUCAUUGGAUGAAUUUUGAUGAAAUGAUCUGUGGCUGUAUAUCUACUGUUUUGUGUCUGUGCAAGGUCGCACAAUUAAAAAAUAAAUGCUGCGCUCCACAGCUUUUCUUCAAGUCAGUCGUGAUGCGAGUCUGAGGGCGGGGACAUUUGGUGACUCAACCAGGAAGUCCCCUGAAGGGUAGAGCGUCCCAAUUCACAAAAACUGGACUAUUUCCCCCAGGGUCCUCAAGUUCACAUAAUGGCAGUGCGCUCAGCUAAGCGCACGUGAGUGCGCCCAGCCAUAUGCAGUCUCUGAAAUGAGACACAGCCUAAGAUAACCUUGUUCAACAACAAUGAGGUUCAUUUAACAAAGUGCUGCUGAAAACAAGAAGACACUCUCUAAAACCGUCUUAAGAAAAUGAGCAUCUGCCUCAAACAUUAAAUCAGGGUGUCUGUGUCAGCAGCAGUAUCUAAUACAUGUUUAAGAACUUUCGAGCAGGUGAUAACACGGGUAUUUUUUUCUUUUGCAUUUCCUUUGCAUUUGGCCUCCCUUGUUUGCAUUAAAAGAUUAAAGAAGAAUCAACUUGACAAGUUUCAGGUCAACUGCUUUACAUGGUUAAAACUGCACCUUCUGUGAUGAGACUGCUGAACAUGUGCAGCUCACAAAUAUGAUCAUUCAGACAUAUAACCUGUAGUCCAACUGCCAAGAGACUCUUCAUGAUAAAACUCUUUAGCAACCUCAAACACCAGCAAAGCUGAAACAUUCAGACAGACAACAGUAUAGCUGACUACAUAGACUCUGUGAAAGGAAAUACUCUGUCAGAGACAGCAACAUAAAACCAUACUUAGAUCAUUCAGAAACAAAUGUUUUCAUAAUUUUUUGUGAUCUCUCUCUUUAAAAUAAUCUUGUUUUGGAGUUUGGUUAAAUUUUCUUGGAGCCCAGCAGUAGCGCUCAUCUGAGGCCACUUGCCUAUUGAGUCUAUUAAAUACCAGCAGACUUUCAUAAAAAAUGUUAUUCCUUAUUAUUUUUUCACUAUGUAAAGUGUGUUUAUAAAAUGUAAUCUUCAAAAUAAAGUAAUCACUCUGUGGCUUUGUCUUCGAGUUCUUUUACUCUGUUAAUAACACAGUUGUUGCUGUGCUAGAGUGCAGGUUGAGUGUUUCGUAGGGUUACAUUGUACUCUUGAUUCUCUGACUGAAGAGACUAUCUCUCUACCGCCAAGCAUUGAAAGCACGCCCUGUUGCUUAUCCGUAAAGCAGAUGUGUUAUGUCAAUGUCAAUGUCAUUGUCAGCUUUAUUUAUAUAGCAUAUUUAAAAACAGCCAGUGGCUUUACAGUAAAAAAAAAGCCAGACAGUAAAAACUAUAAAAAAAACUAUAAAAACAAUAAAAGCAUAAAACAUAUAAGAACAUAAAACAACAAUAUAGAUAAACAUUUCCCAAAAGCUUAAGUGAACAGGUGCAUCUUUAGAAGUGUUUUAAAAGUGGAAAGGCUGUUAGUAGUGCGUACUGUCAGAGGUAAAGCAUUCCACAAAGUGAGAGCCAGGACAGGAAAUGCUCUAUCUCCUCUAGAUUUUAAAAAGGUUCAAGGAACGUUUAAAACCACCUGAUUAGCUGACCUCAGGGCUCUGGAGGGCUGGCUCAGUUUAACAAGUUCAGACAGAUAUUCCGGGGCCAGCCCAUUCAGAGACUUAAAAACAAAUGAAAGAAUCUUAAAUUUGAUUCUGUACCUAACAGGAAGCCAGUGAAGAGAGGCAAGCACUGGAGUUAUGUGCUCCCGUUUCUUGGUCCCAGUUAGGAGACGAGCUGCAGCAUUUGAAUGAGCUGCAAGCAGUUGAGCUCUGAUUUGCCAAUGCCGACAUACAGGGAAUUACAGUAAUCUAAACGAGAUGUGAUAAAAGCAUGGAUAACUUUUUUAAGGUCCUUCUGGUUUAAAUAGGAUUUAACUUUAGGGAGAAGCCGCAGCUGAUAAAAGCUAGAUUUGACCACUGCGCUGUCCUGUUUGUCAAGUUUAAAAUCACCAUCGAAAAUAAAACCAAGAUUCCUGGCAUGGGACCCUAUGUAUGGUGCCAGUGAGCCAAGGGAGCUGGCAAGGACCUGAACCAGGUCAGGGCGACCGGACAGGAUGACCUCUGUUUUGUUCUCAUUUAAUUUUAAAAAAUUAAGAUCCACCCAUGUCUUUACAUUAUUAAGGUAAUUAAUUAAGAAGGUAAUUAGGGGGUAAAUUGGGUCAGGUACAAAGACAAGAAGCUGGUAUUGAAUUUCACUUGAUUUGCCUGUCACUCCUUGUCAUUUUCAUCCUCAUUAAAUGUUUCUUUAAGUUCAACACACUGACAGUCGACAGAGCACCACCAGGAUGGAGAGGAUCUUUCUGGGUCUCUUGUGUCUCUCAGGUCAGUAAAACUAUUGCAGCAGAUGACUCUGAUUCUCCUAAAAAAAAAAAAAAAAAGAUUGAAAUUAGUUUGAUGACAUGUUUUACAAAAAUAUGGACAGGCACAUCUUUACCUUUCUGUUGAUUUACCUGUUCCCCAACAACACUGUUUAAAACUGGGAACCUGCUAAACAGUUCAGGCCCCCUUUGUUCUGUUUUAUUCAUUCAGUACAGGUUUCUCCUAAACCUGUAAAUAUUGUUCAGCAUAAAUGUAGCCCCUAUGGACACGUAAACUACCCAUGCCAUUCGUAUUGUGUUGUUCGUGAAUGAUUCGUUCAAAAGAACAGAAUCUUUUAAAGGAAUACUGAACCUAAUCACUUCCUCUAGUGAUUUGUUCAUUUUUCACGUCAGUUGAGCUGAAAGUAGAAACAACAUUGCCAAGCCUGCAGCCAGCGAAGAAGGGACCACAUGCGCUGACGUCUGAAUCACUUGAUGAAUGAAUCAUGCAUUGAACUACACUCUCUGGAAACAUUUUUCUUGGACAAAAUUACACUUUUUUACUGCUAAAUUGCAACCACAACAACUUGCAUACAAUAGGACACAGCAUUCAACAAAUAGUGCAUUAAACCUGCAGCAUCCUAUCAUUGCAGCAGUUUGGGAGGGAAUGGUGCAUCUUCAGUAUAAAAUUUUCUAAAUGUUCAGUGAACGAGUCACUUACUGACACCAAUUUACCAAACAGACCUGGUAAAUAGCAUACCAUAGGACAGUACACUUAGAACAUCAUGACUUAUAAACAAGUUUAUUUUUACAAACCUGUUUGCCGAAGCAACACAGCCAAACACUCUCGUCUCCUGGCCCCAGAAGCUAUGAAUUGAACUGAAUUCUGAAACGUUCAGCUGUGUAUCAGUUCAGGUCAGAGUCGCAGGCUUCUCCCGCUAAAUGAUUUGAUGAUUUGGUCAACGAAUCUUUUGAACGAAUCUUUUGAACGAAUCUUUUGAGUGAACUAAUUCUAGUGAUUUAGUACAUCUAAAAGAACUGCGGUGCCCAUCACUACAUGCCAUUAACACUUACGAUAAGUUGUUGUGAUUUCUUGCCUUUUCAACCAGCUAUUUUAAGCUCGAUGAAGGGAACAUUGUUCUGAAAAUGUGUCUUUGAUAAUCAAUAAAUUGUUCCAUUUACCAUUGAGGACAAUGAAAAAAUGAGCAGUUUUAUUUGUUGAGGAGAGGAUAAAUAAUAGGGAGGUUACAUAGCAGUGUUUUGUUUGCAGUAUUUAUUGCACAUCAAAUUAAAAAGUGUGUGCCAGUAAUUGUGCCACUGGUUAAAGGAUUAAGCCUCUUUUCUUCUUGGAAACAGCUACUGAACAUGAACUUUAAAUUCCUUAGAUUCCGCUGCUAAUGAGACACAUAAUUAAACAAGAAAACGUAUUCAAAUAAGCAUCAAUACAACUAGUGCAGUGGCGAAGUACAAAUUUGAGCCAGAAUCGCUCAGUUGGUGAUACAAGCAUGACAUUGGGCAUGAACAUUCUCCAUGGGUAACUUUACUAGAUAAGUGUCCCAGCCAUUUAAAAUUUCAAGAUGGUGGCCAUCUUGAAAUUUCAAGCAACUUGGGGCAUUUUCUUAUUGAGUGACUCAUGAAGACUAUUCAUAUCGAUUUUCAUGCUGAUAUCACCAACUUAACAAGGACAAAACCUAAUUGUUCCACCUAGGUGGCGGCCAUCUUGAAAAAUGGCAGCCAUAUUGAAAUUUCAAAUGGUUGGGACACUCUCCUAGUAAAGUGACCCAUGAAGAAUGCUCAUGCCAAUUUUCAUGCUUGUAUCACGAACUUAACGAUUAUGUCACUUAUCUGCUCCACUAAACCUGAGACUAUUAAUACAGAUUACAUCAACAAGGCCAGGCUAUGGCCUGGCAGAAUCAACUCAACUAGGCUCAUUACUCUCUCCGGCUUGUGACUGAGUCAUGUCACCGGCUUGCCUCAUAUUGGCAGAGAAGUGGGGGUAGCCAGAUACUGCGACAAAUAUCCCCUAUAAUCUUAUAUGUUUCCUUCGCUGUAAAAUUGGGAGAUUAGCAGGAGAAAAUACUGUAUCAGAGUAUUGUGGGAGAUGGGGUUAAUAUCAGCAUGAAUGGAAGAGUUGACAAGUAUUGUCUCUGGCUCAUGGGAAGAGAUCUGUUUAGUUGUUUCAGUUGUUUCAGAGGGGGCAGUCAUUUAGGGGCAUGUUGUGUAUAUCAGCAGAUUCUGAUUGAACCAGAAACAAAUUGGGAUGAUCUACCAACACUGACAGACUGCAGAAAAAAAAAAGACAACUUUGUGAUGUUGCAAUUAUAAAACAUGUCAGCUGUUUGUCAUAUGUGUUCUCCUCACAGGAUGGCGCUUCCUCUUCUGCCUUCCCCACCAGUUCCUCUCUGUUGCUGAACCCAAGACCUGGACUGAAGCUCAGACCUUCUGCAGAGAGACUUACACAGACCUGGUCACUGUUAAAAGUGCUGAAGAAGUCAAACAAGUCUUAGCCACAGCUGUAGCUCAUGGUAACAACAAAGCAUUCUGGAUUGGUGUGUACAUAAAGAUUGAAUGGAAAUGGUCAGACGGCUACACAGCAAGUGGGGGUGAAUACAUGAACUGGGAAAAUAUUAAGGACAAUGAGCCAGACUUUUCUGGAGGUGGCCAGUACUGUGUGGAAAUUGAAGAUGAUGGAAAAUGGUGGGAUUUUGAUUGCCUGAAAAAGCUGCCCUUCAUCUGUUACAGAGGUAUGACCAGGGUUCAAAAUAAGGGUGUGUCGAGACUUUUUUUAAUUCACUAAAAAUCUGAAUUAAGUUUAUUUUCAAGUAGGUUUACACAUAACAGGACUCUGUCAUUGUCUUUUGUGUUUCAGGUCUAAAUUAAGGACUGUAGGAUAAUAACGCAAAUAAAAUAAAAAUAUGUGAGAUAAAAUGGCAACAUACAGAUAGAAAUAAGUAAGCCGAUUUUUCACAGUAAUACUGUUACUGUCAGGGAACGGUUCAUAAAAACAGUUACAUUUUAAUAAAGAUAAAAAAUCUAAGUAAAGCAGGGGUAGACUGAUUGAUCAGGAGGAUUAAUGAGGCUGAUCAAUGGCAAUUUGAAAUAAUCAGUAUCAGCUGAGAUCUGGACUCAUCAGUCCAAUUAAAACCAUGAACAAAUCGUGUCUGUAGACACUGCAGGCAUACUUGUUUAAGAAGGCACUGCCAAGUUACAUAACCAUCCCCUUUAAUGACAUCAGAAGAUAAGACUUACUCUUACUGGCCAGUGUUUCAUAUAAAAUAUGUCAGGUACUGAUAUAUUUGUAGAAGAGCUCACUGCAUUUUUCUAUUUUGUGAAUACAUUUUAUAUUCAGAGAAAACUGUGUAUCCAGCUAAGAUAGUUGUGUAUGUUAGAUCACAACUUGCAUGGAGUGAUGGGUUUUCUUAGUAUUUCAAUGUUAUAUCUUAUUGUCGUCAUCGUUUUCUUCCGCUUCGUGUGGGUACGGGUCGCUGGGGAAGCUACUCCAGGAGGAAGAAGGGAAGAUGGCCCUCUGCCCAGCCACUUCCACCAGCUCUUCCAGGGGGACUCCCAGGCGCUCCCAGGCCAGGCGAGAGAUAAAAUCCCUCCACCUGGUCCUGAGCCGGCCACAAGGUCUCCUCCUGGUGCAACAUGUCUGGAACACCUCUAACGGGAGACAUCCAGAAGGCAUCCUAACCAGAUGCCCGAGCCACCUCAGCUGACUCCUCUCGAUGUGGAGGAGCAGCGGUUCUACUCUAAGUGCUCCCUGAGUGUCUGAGCUCCUUACCCUAACUCUAAGUCUGAGCCCGGCCACCCUGCAAAGGAAACCCAUUUCGGCCGCUUGUAUCCAUGAUAUUGUGCUUUCGGUCAUUACCCAAAGUUCAUGGCCAUAGGUGUGGGUUGGCACAUAGAUCAACCGGUAAAUCAAGAGUCUUGCCUUACGGCUCAGCUCUUUCUUCACCAUGCGUCUGCAUCACUGCUGACGCUGCUCCGAUCUGCCUGUUGAUCUCCCGUUCCAUCCUACCCUCACUCAUGAACAAGAUCCCAAGAUACUUGAACUCCUCAACUUGAGGCAGGACCACCCCUCCGACCUGGAGAAGGCAAAUACCUUUUUCCAACUAAGGACCACGGCCUCGGACUUGGAGGUGCUGAUUCGCAUCCCAACCAUUUCACACUCGGCUGUGAACCGCCUCAGCAAGAGCUGAAGGUCACUGCUCGACGAAGGUAGAGGUACUACAUCAUUCACAAAAAGCAGCAACGUGAUCCUCUGCCUUCCGAACUGGACACCCCCCAUCCCUUGGCUGCACCUAGGAAUUCUGUCCAUAAAGGUUAUGAACAGAACUGGUGAAAAAGGUCAGCCCUGGCGGAGUCCAACUCUCACUGAAAAUGAGCCAGAUUUACAGCAGUUUACACAGACCAAGCUCGUGCUCCUUUGGUUAAGGGAUUGGACGGCCCUUAAUAAGGAGCCCUCCACCCCAUACUCCCAGAGAUCCCUCCUCAAGAUUCCCCUAGGGACACAGUCGUAGGCCUUUUCUAAGUCCACAAAACACAUGUGGACUGGUUGGGCAAACUCCCAUCUCCCCUCCAGAACCCAAGCAAGGGUGAAGAGUUGAUCCGUAGGUCCGUGACCAAGAUGAAAACCACAUUGUUUCUCCUCAAUCCAAGUUUCAACUAUCAAUCGGACCCUCUUUUCCAGCACCCUGGCGUAAGCUUUCCUGGGUAGGCUGAGGGGUGUGAUCCCCCUGUAAUUGGAACACAUCCUCUGGUCCCCCUUCUUAAAGAUAGGGACCACCACCCCGGUCUGCCACUCCAAUGGCACUGCCCCCGAUUUCCACGUAAUAUUGUAGAGACGUGUCAGCCAGGACAGCCCCAUUACCUCCAGAGCCUUCAGAUACCCUGGUUGGAUCUCAUCUGCUCCUGGAGCUCUGCCACCAUGAAGUUGUUUUCCUACCCUAGCGACUUCUAUCCCAGUGAUUGGACGGUCCACUUCCAGGUCCUCUAACUCUGUUUCCCCUUGGGAAUGCAUGAUGGUAGGAUUAAGGAGCUCCUCAAAGUAUUCCUUCCACUGCCGAAGAAUUGCCCCAGGUGAUGUCAGCAGCUCCCCGCCCCCAUCCAGAACGGUGUAGGCAAGUUGCUGUCUACCGCCCCUGAGACGCCGGACAGUUUGCCAGAACCUUUUUGGAGCUGACCAAAGGUCUUCCUCCAUGGCCUCACCAAACUCCUCCCAUGCCCGAAUGUUUGCCUCUGCAACUGCCCUGGCUGCAGACGGUUUAGCCUACCAAUACGUUCAACUAGCCAACCAUGACCUGUAGGCCUCCUUCUUCAGCCUGAUAGCUCCCCUCACCUCUGGUGUCCACCACCGAGUUUGGGGAUUAAUGCCACGACCGGCACCAGUGACCUUGCGGCCACAGCUUGCAACAGCUACUUCGACAAUGGCAGAGCGGAACAAAGCCCACUCGGACUCAAUAUCCCCCUCUGCCCUUGGGACGCAGUUGAAGCUCUGUUGGAGAUGGGAGUUGAAAGCCAGCUGGAUGCGAUUUUCCACCAAGCAUUCCCAACAGACCCUCACUAUACGUUUGGGCCUGCCAGGUCUGCGAGGUGGCUUCCCUUUCCACCUGACCCAACUCACCACCAGGUAGUGAUCAGUUGACAGCUCUGCACCUAUCUUCACCUGUGUCCAAAACAUGCGGAUGCAGGUCAGAUGACAUGACUACAAAGUCAAUCACUGACCUACGGCCAAGGCUGUCAUGGUGCCAGGAGCACCAGAACAACCUUUUGUUUGAACAUGGUGUUAGUUGUGGUCAAACUGCGACAUGCACAGAAAUCCAACAACUGAACACCACUCGAGUUCAAAUCGGGCAGGCUGUUCCUCCCAAUCACGCCCCUCCAGGUCUUGCUGUCAUUGCCCACGUGAGCGCUGAAGUCUCCAAGCAGAACAAUGGAGUCCCCAGCCGGGGCGCUGUCCAGCAUCCAUCCUAGGGUCUCCAAAAAGGGUGGGUAUUCUGAACUGUUAUUCAGUGCAUAUGCACAGACAACAGUCAGGACCCGUUCCCCGACCUGGAGGUGCAGGAAAGCAACCAGCUGAGAAAACCCCAGCAUCCCGGCAGCGAGCCUUGGGGCGAGCAAAAAUCCCACCCCCGCUCUCCGCCUCUCACGAGUGUCCAACCCCUCUCAAGAACUUGGGUUCCAGAACCAAUGCUAUGUUUAGAGGUGAGACCGAAUAUAUCUAGUCGGUAGCGCACAACCUCCCCCACAAUCUCCAGCUCCUUCGCCACCAGUGAGGUGACAUUUCAUGUUUCAAGAGCCAGUUUCCAUAACCGAGGAUUAGACCGCCAAGGCCCCCGCCUUGGUCCACUGCCCAAUCCAUCAAGCACCAGACCCUUCAAGUGACCCACCACCUGCAGGUGGUGGGUCCACUGGGGCGGUGUCCAUGAGGCUCGUUUUGACUGGUGUGGGUGCAGGCCCCAGGCUCCAGGGUGGGGCCCCGAUGUCCCUCCAGGCUGGGUACACUGUUUCCCUUUGUUCUUUUUUAUGAGGGUCUUCUGAACUGUUCUUACUGACCCUUCUCCUAGGACCAAUCUGCCUUGGGAGACCCUACCAGGGGCAAAAAGUCCCCGGACAGCAUAGCUCCUAGGUUCCUUAGAGCGCGCAAACUCCUGAAAAUUUCAGCAUCGGUACUACAAGAGAUACUUCCACCUAACAGUAGGUUUAUCAAAAAAUAAACUUUGAAUUUUAAAAAGAUUUCCUCAUUUUUCAACUCUAACUGCAGGUACACCACAGGAUCCAGAGUUUGUUUUUGUCCAGGAGAGAAUGAAUUGGUUUGAUGCUCAGAGGUUCUGCAGAGAGAACUACAUAGACCUGGCCACUGUGAGGAACAGCACUGAGAACCAGAAGCUCCACAACACAAGGCCAAACUCAGACUGGGCAUGGAUUGGUUUGUACAGAGAGCCAAACACUCACUGGUCUGAUGGGAGUGACUCUGCGCUUACGUUCUGGUCUGGUUCAAACCCACUGGGCAACAGGAAUGUGAUGUGUGGAGCUGGAGCUGUGAGCACUUCAGGAGAAUGGUGGGCAUUGCCAUGUGAAUGGACAUUCCCAUCUGUGUGCUACUCCUCUGGUAAGUGACUAAACUGUCCUUUAGUUUAAAUUUGGUAUCUCACAGUUAAUACAUGGCAUGUUCUUCUUCUCUGUAUCUGAACCGAAGUGGAAAAACGGAUGAUAAAUGACAAAAUGAUAAAAACCUGCAGCUGUCUGUCAUAUGUGUUCCCCUCACAGAAUGGAUAUUCACCUCCUGUCUUGCCCAUCAGUACCACUUUGUUGCUGAACCCAAGGCCUGGACUGAAGCUCAGACCUUCUGCAGAGAGACUUACACAGACCUGGUCACUGUUAAAAGUGCUGAAGAAGUCAAACAAGUCUUAGCCACAGCUGUAGCUCAUGGUUACAACUCUCUGGUCUGGAUUGGUCUGUACACUAAUAUUGAAUGGAAAUGGUCAGACGGCUACACAGCCAGUGGGCCCAAAUACAUGAACUGGGAAAAUGUUAAGGACAACGAGCCUGACUUUUCUUCAGGAAACCAGUUCUGUGUGGUUGUUACAGAUGAUGGUAGAUGGUGGGAUGAUUUAUGCUUUGAGGAACUGACCGUCAUGUGUAACAGAGGUAAGAGGUUAAAAAAAAAACAACAACAACAACAUUGGGGCCGGCUCAGAAUAGUACACUGACAAUAUACUUCUUUUUAUACAGAAGUCAAUCUUCUGAUAGGAUACAUCUCGGUUUAUGAUUUUGACACAGCAUUAGAGUUGGCUAGCCAGAUUUAAAAGGAGGUCCAGACACACUCCAAUCAACAGAUACUAACAGGUGACAAGGUUUAUUGUCUGCUUAACAUUUCCUACUUUAUUUCACUCCGAUAGCAGAUACACCACACGAUCCAGAGUUUGUUUUUGUCCGUGAGAGAAUGAAUUGGUUUGAUGCUCAGAGGUUCUGCAGGAAGAACUACAAAGACCUGGCCACUGUGAGGAACGGCACUGAGAACCAGAAACUUCAGAGCGUAAUACCAGAUGAAUACUACCCAUGGAUUGGUUUGUACAGAGAUCCAAACAUUCACUGGUCUGAUGGGAGUGAUUCCUCGUUCCAGUUCUGGGAUUUUGGAUCAAACCAACUGGGCUCAAGAAGUUUAGUGUGUGGAGCUGCAGCUGUGUGGAAUUCAGGAAAAUGGUGGGCAUUGCCCUGUGAAGAAAAACACCCAUUUGUGUGCUACUCCUCUGGUAAGUGACUCAACAGUCCUUUGGUUAAAUUUGGUAUCUCACAGUUAUUACAUGGCAUGUUCUUCUCCUCUGUUUUUAAGUGGCAAAACGGGUGGUAACACAGGAGAUAAAGACAGAGGACCCCUCUAUGGACCUGAAUGACCCUGCUGUGAGAGCAGACAUCCUCAGAGAGGUGAGCCUCCACAUGCAUGACAGACAAGUUUAUCCAUUAAAUACUUCUUUUGAUCAUCAUUUUUUCAUUUCUUUGAGCUAGUUUCCAUUUCAAUGAAUUCUGCUUUUAACAAACAAAGAUUUAAUAUAAAUCGUCUCUAUUUAUGUUUCCAGCUCCAGAACUGGCUGGAGGAGAAUGGACUGAGCGGAGUCACUUUGAAGUGGAGAGUGUGGCCCUGAAGGGAAAGUUUUCCACAAAAAGGAGCAAAGUUCUCCAAAGAAAUGUAGCCAAGAGACUUAAGUCUAUAGUUCUUCCGACUUGAUCUGAAGUUUAAGUUCAAAUCUGAUUCUGUCUGAUAGGUAUGAUAUAAACAACCUUCUUUUUAAAUCAAAAGGAAGACCUUUCUCACUUUCCCACUGCCCACCUCAAAAAACAAAUGUGGUCACCUUCUGUCCUGUACACACAUCCUCAAAAGUCUGCCUUUUUUCACUCUGAUUAGAGUGUGAUCAAGAAGUCAUAUUAAUGAGAAUGGCAGUGCUUCAAAAGAUGAACUAUUUUCUACUGAGAUGCUGCAAUACCAAGAUAACCUUAUUCAGCAAAGAUGAGAUUCAUUUAACCAAGUGCUGCUGAAAACAAAAAGACACUCUAAAACUGUCUUGUGUAAAUGAGCAUCUGCCUCAAACAUUAAAUCAGGGUGUCUGUGUCAGCAGCAGACCCAGCUCCAGUCCACACCAGUCAGAACCAGUCUGAACCACUUCUAUUAGUUUUUGACUUCAAGUUUACUUUUUUCUUUUUUAUUAACUCUGAUAAUGGCAGAGUUGUUGUAGAGGCUGAAUGUAGACUUAGUGUCAUUUAGUGGGAAUUAAAAACAUUUCUAAAGUGAGACUGAUUCUCUGUCUGAGCAACACACAUGCACUCUUUCAUACUCACAAGCCGGACACCUGCAGUGCUCUCUUCUAAAGAAUACAAUAAACCAGCUUCAGUUGAUUGAAAAUACAAAGGCCUAAGGGAGAGCACACAUUCUGCAUGGACAUAAAGUCCCUCUCCAUUUUCUUUUCACUCAGAGGUCUCCAAAGUCUAACACAGCCCUCUUGUGACACUAAGAGGUUACCGUCUUUAUAAACCUUGUCUCAGGAUAGUGAGAGAGGCCCAAUCCCGAACCCCACAUUGAAACCUGAGAAGUACACACAGACUUUAAUGGAGUCAGGUGUGAUGUGAACCUAUCAGGUGUGUCAUCCUUGUUUUGCCUCAGUUUGACUUAUUGUGUUGUUUCAUUUACAAGUUUUCUAUAAUAAUAAAAAUGACAAUUUGACAUUUUAAGGCCCUAAUUCUUAAAUAGCAGAUGUUGUAUUAAGUUAUUAUAUUGCUUCAUCAUUGUAGUUUUUUUUUUUUUUUUUUUUUUUUUUUUGAUGUCCUGAAGGGUAAAUAAAUUUCACCAUUUUAACUGGGUGAAGCAGUGAGUGUGCUGAAUUAUAGCGAACCGCCAACCUUCCAGUUAUUGGACGACCGCUCUUACCUCCUGAGCUACUGCGGUUAUCUGCUAGUGACCCAACCUGGUCACUAAAAAGAAUAAACAAUUGCUUAAAUCUCAAGUCACUUUUAUAAAAUUUAUUUGGUUCAGGCAGCAGUGCAAAAUCUUGGACUUUGUAAGACUAAGUGCAAACUUGAGAGCAAAACAUAGUGCAAACACAGAGUAUAAACAUUAAAAAUUUUGUAAACAUUUUAUUCUUAAACAAUCAGUGCAAUGAUGGAACACCUAAAAUACAGACAUGGCUUGUCAAACAACCGUCCCCUGCGGCUCGAGGCUGUGCGCUGGGCCGGGUUACAACGGCGUUACUCCUGUGGUGUGUAGUUGGAGUUGCAAAUGUAAAUGUGCCUCUCACACAUUUGUGAGUGCAGACCAACUCCUCAGCGAGCUUGAGUAUUAGCCUGUAGCUGUUAGCACAGCUGCCAUUGUUGCAUUUCAAAGCCAUCAAAGGCAGUCGCGAGUGCUGCCCUCAGGAGGAUCAAAGAAGGGAUUACACAACAGGAUUUUUUCCAUGGUUCAUGUGGCAACUGUCUCAGUGCAUUGCUCCAAUCCACACCCCUAAAUUAGAGCUACAAGUUUCCAUGACCCAGGGUCACCCCGACAGGGACCAUCCAGGUGUCUGAGUAAAGUGGACAGAUCAGCUGGGGGUCCUACAGAAAUGGGACUUAUAUAUUUGGAUUUAUUCCCCCCCCCGAAAUGGAACUUAAUAUUUUAUUUUUAUUGAGUUAAAAUAGUACAACCCAAACCGUAGUCAAUUAAGAGAACCAUACGUCUGUGUGUGAGGAAAGGUAUACUCCUGUCUUCAGGGCACCGUGCUACUCAAGAAUCUGGUCUCAGAUACCAGUUCUGUGGCCUUGUGGUCCACCCUGAGACUGGGUGUUUGGAGGUUUGGUCCCCUGCUGAGGGGCUUCCUCCCUCUAAAAAAAAUUAAAAAUAAAUAAAGAAAAAAGUUACAGAAUUUAUAAAAAAAAGAUGAUUCCAGAAUUAUUCAAAAGUAGGACAAUUAGUAAAGCCACUGCUUGGUGAAAAAUAACCCUUAAUAACCUAAUUGUUAAUAACCUCUUUGACCUAGCAGUGGCUAACACAUGUUGUGUUUAAUUCAUAUGAUAACUAUUUUUUAAAGUAGCAUUAGCUCAAAAGUGUGUCUAGGAUAGUAACACAGAAUUUGUAAACAUAACAAAACAAAUGUUAAAAUAUAAUAACACAAAAAAUGUGUAUGAUUUUAACACAUUCAUUUUGAGAGUGUGGUUACAACUCUCUGGUCUGGAUCGGUCUGUACAGUAAGAUUGAAUGAAAAUGGUCAGACGGCUACACAGCAAGUGGGGCACAUGAAUACAUGAACUGGGAAACUGUGAAGGAGCCUGGCUUUUCUUCAGGUGGCCAGUUCUGUGUGGAUGUUACAGAUGUGAUCUGUUACAGAGGUAAGAAAUAGAAAACAACAUUACUGGGGCUGGCCCAGAGUAGCACACUAACACAAAUAGUUGUUUUUAAACACAAGUCCAUCUUCUGAUAAGACACAUCUUCAUUUAUGAUUUUGCCUCAGUAUGAGAGUUGGCCAGCCAGAUUCAAAAGUGGGUUCAAACACACCCCAGUCAAAGGAUACUGACAGGUUGACAAGGUUUAUUGUCUGCUGAACACUUCCUCAUUUUUAAACUCUUUCUGCAAGAAGAACUACAAAGACCUGGCCACUGUGAGGAACAGCACUGAGAACCAGAAGCUUCAGAGCUUAAUACCAGAUUGAUACUACCCAUGGAUUGAUUUGUAAAGAGAUCCAAACAUACACUGGUCUGAUGCAAAUGAUUGGUUCACACUUACUGGGCUCAAGGAGUGUGAUAUGUGGAGCUGCAGCUGUGCAGAAUUCAGAAGAUGGGUGGGCAUUGCCCUGUGAAGAAAAACACCCAUUCAUGUGCUACUCCUCUGGUAAGUGACUCAACUGUCCUUUAGUUAAAUUUGGUAUCUCACAGUUAUUACAUGGCAUGUUCUUCUCCUCUGUUUUUGAAUAGAGGAGAAUGGGCAAAAUGGGGAAACAGAGCAACAUAAAACCAUACUACAAUCAUUCAGAAACACAUUUUUUUUUAAACUGUUUAUUUUUGUGAUCUCUCUCUUGAAAAUAAUCUUGUUUUGAAUUUUGGUUAAUUUUUAUUUAGCCCAGUAGUGGCUCUCUGAGGCCACUUGCCAAUUGAGUGCGUUGAAUACCAGCAGACUGUCAGAGAAAAUGUUAUUCCUUAUUAUCUUUUUAACUGUGUGAAGUGUGUUCAUGAAUUGUAAUCUUCAAAAUAAAGCAAUCAGUCUGUGGCUUUGUCUUCAAGUUCUUUUCAUCUCUGGAGUCUGGGGUAUAAUCGGCCGUUUUUGACUACUUUUGAUUUUACCUUUAUAUUUCCCCCUAAAAACUGCUUACCUUGCCUUGCUUGGUAUCAUUUUUUUUUCAGCACAACCUCACGUGUGUGAAUUUACAGUUAUUUUAUCAUUUUGACAUACUGUAUUAACACAGAGGACCUAAAUUCACCCACAAACCAUAAAUUCCGAGUGGGAAAAAGUAACAUUUUUUACUGUAAAAACCACAAAUACAUUUAACAAACCAUUUUUAUUACUUAGAAUGCAACUAUAAAUCGUAAACUUCAAAACAUUUAUGCAAUUGUAGCAAAUAACAUAUGAAUUUACCGUUAUUUAUCUUAAAAUGCAGGUAAUGCCUCAGGCGUUUUUUGUACAACUAUUUACAAGACAAUGUAUAGUCUCACAAAUGUCUCAUUUUAUUUAUGCCACUACCAAAAAAAAAAAACAUGAUGUAAAUGAUGCAUGAUGUAAAAAAACUUAUCCUCCUCAUUGUCAGUCCAUUUGUAAUUUUUCCAUAGUUCUUUGUUUUUUGCUGCAUUUUUGUUAGUGUUAUUGCAGAUUGUUCUGAUUGUGUCUAUGGCAAAAAAAAAAAAAAAUUCAACUGAAAAAAAAAACAAAAACAAAAAAAAACAAUAGAUAAAGGUCUUUUGUACUGUGGGGUGGAAAAUGUCUCAACCUGGACCUGGUGGUCUCUGAGGCUGAAACCUGCUCACUGCUGGAGCUCUGUCACCAUCAGUCUCCCAGAGCUCAGAGCUCAUGUGUGGCUCUGCUGCCUGAGCAGGGUUGCUCACUCCUCAGUAAGGAAAGCCUGCUUCAUGUUAGAGUCUCUAAACUCCAGAGGAAGUCGCUAAAAGUAGUUUAUUUUUUUCUAAAUAAGUCAUUAGGGGGUCUGAAAAGUCACUGAAUCUAAAUGGAUGUGUCACGUGUUGAAGUACAGUCUUAUCAUGAAACAUCAUACAAUGAUUAAAGUUCAAGUGAUAGUGGGAAUGAUUCCAGGUGCAAUGAGGGACCAAGCAAAGAAAGAAAGAGACAGCAGAGAAAACAAAGUGUUCCAGAUGGAGGCUAAAUUAAUGUUAUUUUAAUACAAUAGUGUGAAUAAUUGGAGGCUUUUUUAUCUGAAAAUCAUGUAAUGCUAUCAAAGAGGUAUCAGAAUGAAAAUAUAGAGUCUGCAAAAAAGUGUGCAGUAAAUGUGCAAACUGUGUAUUUGUGAUUUUGCAUUUCUCACCUCGGUAUAAAGCAAACUUAAAAGGACGAAUUGGCUUCUUCAUCGCUGGUGUUGUUUUGAAUGAAUUUGAAUGGACUUAAAAUCUAACUGCUUGGCUGGUAGAAUUUGUGUUGAAGAUAAACACAUGGUACCUGUGCUUUAAUCAGAAUUGUCAAAGCAUUUAGUGAAGAGACAUGAAAUCAUGCUUUAAUAAGUAUCAUCUGUUAAAAAGUUCCAUAGACUACCACAUGGCUCCUUAUGUCCCUCACAGCCUGGGGUUGAUUGGGACAGAUGGAAAGCUUGGUCAAUACAUGACUGACUUUAUCAAAUAGACAGCUAUUGUCACUGGUGUUGCUUGAUUGUAAAUUUGUGGUACUACAUUAACUGUAUGAAACCUUGUCAAUAAUAAUAAAACUGCAACACCCUGGUUAUCAAUAAGUCUCACCCAUGAAUGGCAGAGAUGACUCUGCUUCACCCGUCACAAUCAACAGAAACAUGACUCACAAUUGUUGAGAUGCAAGCUUUGAACACCCAGUCAAAAAUAGUAAGUUCUGUAAUUAAGGGUCGUACCAGUAUAAGUUUGGAGUCUUGCUGCUUUAUUCAACAUUACCUUUCAUUAAGAAGGUAAUUAGGGGGUAAAUUGGGUCAGGUAUAAAGACAAGAAGCUGGUAUUGAAUUUCACUUGAUUUGCCUGUCACUCCUUGUCAUUUUCAUCCUCAUUAAAUGUUUCUUUAAGUUCAACACACUGACAGUCCACAGGCCACCACCAGGAUGGAGAGGAUCUUGCUGAGUCUCUUGUGUCUCUCAGGUCAGUAAACCCUCCAUUGCAGCAGAUAACUUUGUUUCUACUUAAAAAAAAACAAGAAAAAAAAAACUGAUAAUUAAAAUUAUUUUGAUGACAUGUUUCACAAAAAUUAGGACAGGCACAUGUUUACCUUUCUGUUGAUUCACCUGUUCCCCAACAACACUCUGUUAAAAAAUAGAAACCUGCUCAACAAUUACGCGUCUCAUGGCAUUGACACUUAUGUCAGACUGCAGAAAACAUGACAACUUUAUGAUGUUGCAGUGAUAAAAGAUGUCAGCUGUUUGUCAUAUGUGUUCUCCUUACAGGAUGGCACUUCACCUCCUGCCUUCCCCAUCUGUACCACUAUGUUUUUGAACCCAAGACCUGGACUGAAGCUCAGACCUUCUGCAGAGAGAAAUACACAGACCUGGUCACUGUUAAAAGUGCUGAAGAAGUCAAACAAUUCUUAGCCAUAGCUGUAGCUCAUGGUAACAAUGAAGCGUUCUGGAUCGGUGUGUACAUGAAGAUUGAAUGGAAAUGGUCAGACGGCUAUACAGUAAGUGGAGCUGAAUACAUGAACUGGGAAAAUAUUGAGGACAAUGAGCCUGACUUUCAUGCAGGUGAACAGUUCUGUGUGGAUAUUGAAGAUGAUGGAAAAUGGUGGGAUAUGGUUUGCCUUGACAAGCUGCCCUUCAUCUGUUAUAGAGGUAAGACCAGGGUCCAAAAUAAGAUGUUUUUUUUUUUUUUAACUGACUAAAGAUCAGAAUUAAGUUUAUUGCUAAGGAGGUUUACACAUAACUAAAUUAAGGACCACAGGAUAACAAUGCAAAUAAAAUAGAUACAUAUGAGUUAACUCUCACAUACUAUUCAAAUCCUGUAUUCUCACAGUAUGUUCUGGGUCAGAAUUGACCCGGCCCAAGAAUUGCCCAUGUAGCAAGUAUUUUCACCAAAGUUCUAGCCCCAAACCUAUUUAUAAUGUUUAAAUGAACUAUGCUACUUCAAAAAAUUAUUGAUUAGUCCUUCCUAAAUGUUUCAAAAAGCAGUAUUUUUUUUAGUAUUUUUUAAUUGAGUAUUUUUUUAAGUUUAAACACCUCUCGUUUUUUGGUAAAAUAUAUAUUUUGGAGAAGAAUAUCUAUUACACAGGAUAAUGUCAUAAUAUUAUGUAAGAAAUAAAAAAAUAUAAAAGUCAUAAUGAUUUGAAUAUAUUUUAUUGAACAGCAAACAAACGGAGACGUGGCGCAGGCGCGGUGUAAGUCAGGUCCGCCGUGCCAACAAGGCAUCCCUAAGCACAAUUUUGUAUUUUGUUGAACGGCGCAGCCCAGCGUAAGUAUCCCCCCUCCCUAACUUUCAAAAGCUUUCUUUUUCUGGUUAAGGAUUGCUUUUAUGUCACUUGUGAUCCAGGGUUUGUGGUUGGGGAAACAGCAAACAGUCUUUGUUGGUAUAACUGUGUCUUUACAGAAGCUGAUAUAUUCAGUACACCAGUCAACCUGUCUGUCAAUGUUUAUACUAUCCACACCUGUUUCCAGCAGCACAUUCAAGACUGUUGAUUUAAAACAGUCUCUUAGUGUGUCACUGGCUUGAGGUGUCCAUCUUCUGAUUUUGACUUUGGUCACAGGCUGCCUCAGCACAUAAGGUCUGUAACAGGUUUGCAGAUAGACCAAGUUAUGAUCUGACUUGCCUAGUGGUUGAAAGACAGUGGCUCUGUAGGCUUCUUUGACAUUGGCAUACAGCAGAUCCAGGGUUUUGUUUUCUCUGGUAGGACAGUUCACAAACUGUGUGAAUCCAGUCAGGUGAGAGGAGAGGGUGACAUGGUUGAAGUCUCCUGAUAUUUUUAUUAGUGCCUCAGGGUGUUGAGUCUGUAGCCUGGCAACACUAUUAUGCAAAAGAUUGCAUGGAAUUUCUUCAGUUGAUUUGGGUGGGAUGUAAACAACUACUGUUAUGAUAUGACUAAAUUCUCUGGAAACAUAAUAUGGCCAAAGAGCAACUGCCAACAGUUCAAAAUCUGGACAACACAACUUUUUCUUGACAGUUAUAUGUGAAGGGUUACACCAUCUCUGGUUGACAAAUAAAGCCAGACCUCCUCCUUUCUUCUUGCCACAAGCUUGAGCAUCUCUGUCUGACUUUAUGAGAGUGGAGCCAGGUAGAUCCACACUGGAGUCAGAGUUGUUUUGAUUCAACCAGGUUUCAGUAAAACACAGGCGACUGCUCUCAUGGUAUUCUUUCUCAGUCUUCACCAAUAUCUCCAGCCCAUCGCUUUUGUUAGGCAGAGAGUUGAUGUUUCCCACGAUGACUGAUGGAAGAAAGGGUUUGUAUCUCCACCUCCUAGCAUUCAGCUUUGCCUUCACCUUUGCACCAGCACGGCAACCAUAAUAAUACCUCCUGAUUUCCUCUGGAAUUGUAUGUUGUUGUCCAGAUUUGCUUUUCCUCAAUGAAAGGAACUCUUCUCUUGAGUAAAUGUUUGCCCAGCAGAAGUAUCCAUCAGCAGCCAACAAGAAAACAAAAAAAAUAUGAAAAAAAGUCGAGCAAAUGUUACAAAAUUACAGAUCAUGCAGUGAGACCAGACUUGCAGUAACCUCUCCAUUCAAGCGCAUCAUUGGAAUGUUUCAAUAUUUCAAUGUUUCAACAGUAUUUGUUUGUUUACUAUUUCAAUAUUUUAGAUUCCCCAUGCCCCUUCAAAAAGCUCAAAGAGUAGCUUUCUGUCACAGAAGGUUCUUGUUACUUGUGAGGUCAUCUUAACCUCUGGCUAGGUGUGUCUGUGUGCGUGCGUGUGUGUGUGCAUGCAUUCGUGAGUGUGUGUUUCUGUCAAGGUAAUAAUAGUUUCAUAAUAAUUUGAACAUAUUUUAUUGAGCAACAAACUUUAUAUUGUACACUGUUCUCACUGCUUGUCACUUGCCUCACACUAGUAGAUCAAAAAUCCAUCUUAAUAGAUACAGGUCAAAUUUGACCUGUAACAGCCUCUGAGGGGAAAAAUACGUAGCAAAUAAACAAAAAUACACAUGAAUGUUUUUAAAUUAAUUUCAUAUAUAUUGUGCCAUUUCAGGAAAAGUCAUCAAGUUUCAGGCUUAAAGAAUGUCAUUUAGAGUAUUUUAACUGCUGUUAAAAAUCAAAACAGGUCAAAUUUGACCCAAACUGUUUGUAAUGUGUAAAAUAACAACAUACAGAUAGAAAUUAGUAAACUGAUUUUUUGCAGUUAUACUAUCACUGUCAGGGAACUGUAAAUAGAAACAGUUAAAUUUUAAUAAAGAUAAAAAAUCAAAGUAAAGCAGGGGUAGACCGAUUGAUCAGGACAAAUAAUAAGGCCGAUCAAUGGCAUUUUGAAAUGAUCAGUAUUAGCUGAUAUCUGGACUCAUCAGUCCAAUUAAAACAUGAACAAAUCAUGUCUGUAGACACUGCAGGCAGACUUGUAUAUGAAGGCACUGCCAAGUAACAUAACCAUCCCCUUUAAUGACAACAGAAGAUAAGACUUACUGUUACUGACCAGUGUUUAAAAUAUCAUAAAAAUAUGUCAGGUUCUAAUAUAUAUCUGUCGCAAAACUGUCGAAAAACCUGUAUCAGUGGACCUCCAAUAGAAAGAAAACUUGAACAGAAUAUAAACAACUUUGGCAUGGAGGGUUGUACAUUCUGUAUGUGUAAGACAAUGCAGAGCAAUAUGAGUGCAAAAGAUAGUAGUAGUAUAGUACAACACUACUAUUAUAGUAGUAUAACUCCAUUUGGAUUGGCCAAUCAGAUUUGAAGUGAAGUUCAGACACAUCUGCCACUUUACAACAUGUUUAUCAAGAAGUAAACUUUGGAUAAAACAUUUCCUAAUGUUUUAAACUCUAACUGCAGGUACACCACAGGAUCCAGAGUUUGUUUUUGUCCAGGAGAGCAUGAGUUGGUCUGAUGCUCAGAGGUUCUGCAGGGAGAACUACAUAGACCUGGCCACUGUGAGGAACAGCACUGAGAACCAGAGGCUCCACAACGCAAGGCCAAACUCAGACUGGGCAUGGAUUGGUUUGUACAGAGAUUCAAACAUUCACUGGUCUGAUGGGAGUGACUCUAUGCAUCAGUUCUGGUUUGGUGCAGUCCCACUGGGCAACAUGAGUGUGAUAUGUGGAGCUGGAGCGAUAGUCAAUUCAGGAACAUGGUGGGGAUUGUCCUGUGAAGACAAAUACCAAUUCAUAUGCUACUCCUCUGGUAAGUGACUCAAUUGACCUCCUGUUAAAUUUGGUAUCUCACAGUUAUUACAUGGCAUGUUUUUCUCCUCUGUUUUUGAACAUAAGUGGCAAAACUGGUGAUAACACAGGAGAUAAAGACAGAGGACCCCUCUGUGGACAUGAACAACCCUGCUGUGAGAGCGGACAUUCUCAGAGAGGUGAGCCUCCACAUACAUGACAAAAAAGUUAAUCCAUUAAAUACUUCUUUUGAUCAUCAUUUCUUCAUUUCUUUGAGAUAGUAUCUGUUUCAACUAAUUCUGCAUUUAACAAACACAGAUGUGAAUCAAAAAAGUCUCUAUUCAUGUUUCCAGCGCCAGAACAGGCUGGAGGAGAAUGGACUGAGUGGAGUCACCUUAAAGUGGAGAGUGCAGCCUGAUGGGAAAGUUUUCCACAAAAAGGAGAAAAGUUCUCCAAAGAAAUGUAGCCAAGAGACUAAUGUAUGUAGUGUAAGUCAAGUUCUUCUGACUUGAUCUGAAGUUUAAGUUCAAAUCUGAUUCUGUCUGAUAGGUAUGAUAUAAACAACCUUCUUGUUAUGUUGGAUGAAAGACUUUUCUCACUUAAAAAAAACACGCCGGCUGCCCACCUCAAAAAACCAAUGUGGUCAACUUCUCUCUUGUACACACAUCCUCAAAAGCCUGCCUUUCUUCACUCUUAUUAGAGUGUGAUCAGGAAGUGACACUGAUUAGAGUGGCAGUGCUCCAAAAGAUAAACUAUUAUUAACUGAAAUGCUGCAAUACCAAGAUAAUCUUAUUAAACAAAGACAAGGUUAAUUUAACAAAGUGCUGCUAAAAAAAAAAAGACACUCUCUAAAACUGUCUUGUGAAAAUGAACAUCUGCCUCAAACAUUAAAUCAGGGUGUCUGUGUCAGCAGCUGUAUCUAAUGCAUAUUUUAUAACGUAAAGGCAGGUGAUAACACAGCUAUUUUUCCUUUGCAUUUCUUGGCAUUCCGCCUCCCUUGUUUGCAUUAAUAGAUUAAAGAAGAAUCAACUUGACAAGUUUCAGGUCAACUGCUUUACAUGGUUAAAACUGUACUUUCUGUGAUGAGACUACUGAUCAUGUGCAGCUCACAAAUAUGAUAAUCAAAGCAUAUAACCUCUAGUUCAAGUGCCAAGGGACUCUUCACGAUUAACUUUUUUAAGCAACCUCAAACACCAGCAAAGCUGAAACAUUCAAACAGACAACAGUAUAGCUGACUACAUAGACUCUGUAAAAAGAAAUACUCUGUCAGAGACAGCAGGAUAAAACCAUACAGAAACAUGUUUUUUUUAGAUUAGAUUUGAUUAGUUUAUUUAAAAGGGGACAGCGCAAUUUCAUAAAACACAUGAUUACACAUGGUUAAAAAAAAGCCAGAAUUAGCCAUAAGGCUAGUUUUCAUCUGUAGUCCCCUAGUUCAUAAAACUGUUUAUUUUUGUGAUCUCUCUCUUUAAAAAUAAUCUUGUUUUGGAGUUUGGGUAGUUUUCUUUUAGCCCAGCAGCAAUGGCUCUCAGCUAAUCUCAGGCCACAUGCCUAUUGAGUCUAUUGAAUACCAGCAAGCUGUCAUUGAAAAUGUUAUUCCUUAUUAUCUUUUUAACUGUGUAAAGUGUAUUCCUGAAAUGUAAUCUUUAAAAUAAAGGAAUCACUCAGUGACUUUGUCCUCAAGUUCUUUUAAUCUGUACAUUACACAUUUGUUGCUGUGCUAGGGUGCAGGUUGAGUCUGUUUCGUAGAGUUAAAUGAACUCUUGGUUCUCCAAGUGACAAGACUAUCUCUCAAGUGCCAAGCACAACCCCGACCCCAGCUCCUAGACCUGCGGACCUGGAUGACAAUCCCUUUCCUGAAAGUACUAUCCAGCAUCCAGCCAUCGCUUACCCAUAUGUCAUCAAGGAUCGAAGCCUUAGAAUCCGGUACGGCACCUGCUAGGCCAUCUUCCUCCAUCCCAGCUGUUACACCUGCAUUCACCAUGCUGAACGAUGACAUCACUCCAGCGACAACAAUGAGAGUGUCACCAUCCUGUGAAGGACCCUGGGAAGUGCAGUCCCCAUCUCCACUUGCGUCCCAAUCUUACCUCCCACAGCUGCAAUUACACCAAUUCUGCGGAGCCAAAUCCUCACAGGUACUGAUUUUAAUAUUGUAAAAGUCUUGCUGUGCUCUGACCACAGUGAUAGAUGCAUUGUGGAUUGCAGAGACAUGUCUGUGAUGCUUAAGUAUCAUGAUCCCUGGUUGUUUAAAUCUCCAACUUUAGCUGAAUUCAUAGCUUUAGGCGUAUUUGGAAAUAUCACAUGUGAAGUGUUUUAAGCACACAGAACUGAACUGGACACAUAUCUCACCAUUAUUUCUAUUCUGGUCCAGGCAGUAGGAUAUUUCUAUCCUCCUGCCUGGACCAGCUCGCACCUCUGAAAACAAAAACAGUUUCAUUCAGACACUCUGCCCCCUGGUUUACCUCAGAACUACACAAAAUGAAAUCCCACAAACCACAACAGUACCUCCAUCACCUUCACCCUGGAAAAGUGCAACACAUUCCUCUCCUCUUUUCAAUCCAAAAUCAACACAAUCUACAACUCCCUUCCCCCACCGCCAUUCCCCGCUCCUCCCCUCCUCCCCUCAUCCCUUCAGCACUCUCCUGCUUCUCACCUGUUUCCUGAACCGACGUGACCAAUAUCAUCUGCUCCAUGUCAUCAUCCACCUGCAUCCUGGAUCCCAUCCCAUCCUCCCCCAUCAAGCACUGCCUCCCCGUCAUCUCCCCCAUCAUCACACAGAUCAUCAACUUCUCCCUCAACUCCGCUACUGUUCCCCCGUCACUCAAACUGACCGCUGUCACCCCCAUCCUCAAAAAACCCGGACUCAACCCUGACGACAUCAAUAACUUCCGGCCCAUCUCCAACCUCCCUUUCCUGUCAAAAAUCCUCGAACGUGUCAUUGCAUCACAAAUCAAAACCCACCUCAACAAUAACAACCUUUACGAAAAGUUUCAAUCAGGAUUCCGCACCCACCACAGCACCGAAACUGCCCUCAUCAAAGUCACAAACGACCUCCUUAUUUCUACUGACUCCGGCCAACUCUCCAUCCUCAUCCUCCUCAACCUCUCCGCCGCUUUCGACACCAUCGACCACACCAUCCUCCUGUCCCACCUACACUCCCUCCUCAAUAUCACAGACACCGCUCUUAACUGGAUCCACUCUUACCUCACAGACCGGAAUCACUUCAUCCACAUUAACAACUGCUCCUUCACAACUGCCCCCGUGUCCCAAGGUGUCCCCCAGGGCUCGGUGCUUGGUCCCCUCCUCUUCAUCAUCUACCUCCUCCCUCUUGGCCACAUCCUCCGUCAACACAACCUCCACUUCCAUUGCUACGCUGAUGACAUUCAAUUAUACAUCUCUUCCAACUCCAUCACCCCCCAGACCCAACGCUUCCUCUCAAACUGCCUCUCUGAUAUCAAACACUGGAUGGACAGCAAUCUUCUCAAGCUCAACUAUGACAAAACAGAUCUUCUCAUCAUCGGCCCAAACUCCCUCACCUCCACAGUCACAGACUCUCAUCUCUCCAUCGACAACUCCACCCUCUCCCCCUCCUCCCACUGUCGCAACCUUGGCAUUCUCUUCGACAGCAACCUCUCCUUCACCCACCACAUAAAGCAAAUCACCAAAACAGCCUACUUCCACCUCAAAAACAUUGCCCGCCUCCGCCCCUCCCUCUCCUACCCUGCAGCUGAAACCCUCAUACAUGCAUUCAUUUCUUCUCGUCUAGAUUACUGUAACAGUCUCCUCCAUGGCACUACCUCCACUCUCCUCAAUAAACUUCAGCUUGUCCAGAACUCAGCCGCCCGCCUCCUCACCCACACACACUCCCACCAACACAUCACCCCCGUCCUCCAAAACCUUCACUGGCUCCCCAUCCCCCAUCGCAUUCAAUACAAAAUCCUCCUUCUCACCCACAAAGCACUCCACAACCUGGCCCCCCCCUACCUACAGGAUCUUCUCCACCCCUACAUCCCCUCCCGCACCCUCUGCUCCGCCAAUGCCAACCUCCUCACAGUUCCCCUGACCAAGCACCGAACCUGGGGGGACAGAGCCUUCUCAGUCACCGCCCCCACCCUCUGGAACUCACUCCCACUCGAACUCAGAAACUGCACUGAUCUCACCAGAUUCAAGGCCCUUCUCAAAACCCACCUCUUCCGCACUGCCUUUCAUCCUCCUUAGCUGUACGCAAACCUUCUCCCCCGCAAGGUAUGUAGGCUACCUUUACUUAGUGUGUUGCCGUACGUCAGUCUGCACUCUGCAUUGUAACCAUAGUAAUCCAAUAAGACCAUGCUGGUGGAGAGUGAGUCGUAUUUGCUUCCACAUACAAACUCCAGAAAUGGUAGUGCUCAAUGAGAACUUUGAUCGGACGCUGGUUGCAUAGGCACUAGGACCCACCUCUCACCUUUUGUAGGAGGAGGGAACUUUUAAAGAAACAGCUGCUUCAAUUUUAAUGCAGAAAUAAGACAAAAUGCAGAGAAAAUUUGAUUUUAUGUUCAAGAGAAAGAGAGAUGCAACAGAUGAUGAAACUCUGGCAUAAGAGUCGUCACCUCGCUAAACGUGGGUAUGCUCCUCUUGUUCAAAGCCUACGGGUACAGAAUCUGCAAGAACCUCAUCUACUCUGACAAAUGUCCCUGAGCUGGGGAAGGCACUGGCAAAACAUCCCAACCACUGUUUGUGAAUUAUUUGAUAACAGGACUGGUUCAGGGGCUCCAAGCAAGUUUGGUCUGGCUGCCAAAAGUGUCUUCAAGGAUUCAUGAUUGGCCCCUAGUUGGUCUUUACACGAGUACGAAUUUGUAAGACAUCGGUAAAAUAAACUAUCGAUCUGGUGAUAUUAACACACAGAGACGCGUAUUUGUCCAUGACUCCGCAUCUUUUUUUGAAAACGGGCCUGCAGGUGGAUAUCUUGGUUUUCCUCUUCAUGCUGUAGUUGGUAAAAAUAGGUAAGUCUGGAAGAGACGGUGACAUCAUAGCACCCUUCCUCCUCCCCGCCCCCCCAAACUACGUUGUCACACACAGCAACAACAACAAUGGCGGUAGCUGGGGUGAUUUUGUUCUUGUUUAACUACAAAUAUGGAUGGACAGGAAGGAAGUCGACCUUGUAUGCGCAUGUGCAUUCUAUGUUUCUGGUGCUUUGUGGGAAUUUCACAGUGUCACCUUUAGGCCGAGUGUAUGUACUACAGGAUUUUGCGUGGAUUUUGCGUCAUGUAAAUGCACUAAGCCUAUGUACAUUAUGAUGUGUAAACAGCGAUACAUGUUUUGGUGCCGACGGCAAGACAAUACGGGGCUGCCCUUGUGUGAGGAUGGCCUUAGGCAACAUAAAUCAACCAACUCAUCAUGUAAGACAAUUUACACUAAAUGUACAAUACUAGACAAUAGAUAAUUGGAAAGGGGGGGGGGGGGGUGCACUUUAUCAAUCAAUCAAUCAAUCAGAUUUUAUUUAUAUAGCGCCAAUUCACAACAUCUCAAGACGCUUUUCAAAGAGCAAGAGCAGGUCUAGACCAUGCUCAUUGUUUGAUGAUCAAGAACCAACCUAAGAUGGGUUUUGGCCCAUCUCAUCUAACAUGAGUAGCAGUGGCAAGGAAAAACUUCCUUUUAACAGGCAGAAUACCUUGAUCAGGUCCCAACUCAUGCCAGACAGCCAUCAGGCCGCUGCUGGGUUGGGGAGGAAUGUAGAGAGAUAGAGGGAGAGAGAGAGAGGGAGAAGAGGGGAGAGGGCAGGGGGGGAGAGAGAACAAGAUGAGGGGAAGGAGAGAGAGAAUAAGUAAGGAGAGGGAGGGGGAGGAAGGGAGAGUAGAGAACGAGGGUGAGAGAGAGACAGGGGACAGCAGAAACAACAGCAACAACAACAACAGCUCAUGUAAUGAAACAAAAUGAAUUCAGUUCACAGGGUUAGGAUAUGAGUAAUUAUGGACAAUGUUAAAUUAAUUGAAUGUGAUUACAGUCAGCAGGCCUAAUAGUAGUCAACUCUAGUUUUACGUUAUUAAUGUCAGUGAGGCUGAUGUUCAUGUCUGCAGUAACAGUCCAGAGGAAUCCAAGAAAAGGAGCUCAGGGCCUGAGGCGGACAAUCAUAGACAAUGCGGCUGGAGUCAGGCAGGUCUGCAGCAGCCAUCAGUCCAGAGCAACCUAGGAGACUGGGGCUCAGAGACAUACAGAGAGAUCUAGUUAGCAAUUUGAUGACAGAAAAUGACUUCAAUGUACACAACUAAUUAUGGACAAUGUAUGAUUAAUUUAAGGUGAUUAAAGUUAAAACUCAAUGGUAGUUUACUCUAGUUUUAUUUCAUAGAUGUCAGUUAGGCUGAUGUACGUGUCUGCAGCAACAGUCCAGAGGAGCCUAAGAGAUGGAGGAGCUCAGGGCCUGAGGUGGACAAUCAAGGAUGAUGCAGCUGUGGUCAGGCAGUUCCGCAGCAGACCAUCUGCAGCAUUAGUCCAGUGGAAGCUAAGAGACUCAGAGACACUCAGAGAGAGAGAAAUCUGGUUAGUGACUUAUAUGGGACAUAAAAAUCUAAAGGCGAGAUAGAGACAGACUCUAGCUCAGUGUGCCAGAUAACCCUGCUAGUCUAAACCUAUAGCAGCAUAACUAAGAGCUGGUUCAAAUCAGCCCCAACUGUAAGCUUUAUCAAAGUGGAAUGUUUUAAGUCUACUCUUGAAAUUUGAGAGGGUGUCUGCCCCCCGAACCUCGAGCGGUAAAUGAUUCCAGAGGAGAGGUGCCUGGUAGCUGAAAGCUCUUCCUCCAAUACUGCUUUUAGAGACAUUUGGUACAACAAGCAGACUUGCAGACUGUGAGCGUUAUGGUCUAGAUGGAAAGUAAGGUAAAACAAGCUCGUCAAGAUAUGAUGGAGCCUGGCCGUUAAGUGCUUUGUGUCAUAAGGAGGAUUUUAAACUCGAUUCUAGAUUUAAUAGGGAGCCAAUGAAGAGAGGCUAAGACAGGAGAGAUGUGCUCUCUUCUUCUGGUUCUACUAAAUACCCGAGCUGCUGCAUUUGGGACCAGCUCAAGAGUCCUUAAAGACUUAUUGGAGCAGCCUGAUAAGAGAGAAUUACAGUAACCCAGCCUAGAGGUAACAAAGGCAUGGACUAGUUUUUCUGCAUCACUCUGAGACAGGAUGGGUCUAAUUUUUGAGAUAUUGCACAGGUGGAAAAAAGCUAUCCUAGAGAUUUGUUGAAUGUAGGAGCUGAAGGACAAAUCCUGACCAAAUAAAACUCCCAGAUUUCGCACAGUGGGGCUGGAUGCCAGACUGAUGCCAUCUAGCAUAGCUUUAUUAUUAGAGAAUGCCUCUCCAAGGUGUUUAGGGCCAAGGACAAGAACUUCAGUUUUGUCUGAGUUGAGCAGUUAUUGGUCAUCCAGGAUUUUAUAUCUUUGAAACAAGCUUCUAAUUUGGUAACCUGAUUUGUUUCAUCUGGCUUCAUGGAUAAGUAUAACUGGGUGUCAUCUGCAUAACAGUUUACCCAGAGGAAGCAUGUACAAGGUAAAGAGGGUCGGUCCAAGCACUGACCCUUGCGGGGACUCCAUAGCAGACCUUGGUGUGCGCAGAGGAUUCAUUAUUAACAUGGACAAACUUGGAUCGAUCCGUUAGAUUAGAUUUAAACCAGGAAAGAGCACAUCCUGCGAUGCCGAUAGAUUGUUCUAGUCUCUGAAGCAGGAUGCGGUGGUCGAUCGUGUCAAACGCAGCACUAAGAUCCAACAGGACAAGAACAGAGAGAAGACCACGGUCUAAAGCCAUGAGUAGGUCAUUUGUCACCUUCAGCAGAGCAGUCUCCGUGCUGUGAUGGGUUCUAAAUCCAGACUGGAAAUCCUCCAAAAAACUGUAGUUAUAAAGAAAAUCACAAAGCUGAUUCGCAACAACUUUCUCUAGGACUUUAGAAAUAAAGGGAAGGUUGGAUAUUGGUCUAUAGUUAGCUGUAUAUAAUACAUGCUUUAUAACUUACAGGCAGGUGAUAACGUGUUUUUCCUUUUGCAUUUUCUUUGCAUUCUCCCUCCUUUGUUUGCAUUAAGAGAUUAAAGAAGAAUCAACAUGAUGAGUUUCAGGUCAACUGCUUUACAUAGUUAAAACUGCCCCUUCUGUGAUGAGACUACUGAACAAGUGCGGCUCACAGUUGUGAUAAUCAAAACAUAAAACCUGUAGUCCAAGUUCCAGAGGACUCUCUUCAUGAAUAACCUUUUUUAAAAACCUCAAACACCAGCAAGGCCGAAAAAUUCAGACAGACAAAGCACGAUUGGUGCUCUGUCAUUGUCAUGUGCUUGUACUUUGAUGUUGUUGUAUUGUGGUUGUUGUGUAUUACCAUGUGUUGUUCUGUGACAUGGUCUUUUCUUGUAUGAUGAUACAGUCUACCUGCACUUUUGCCCACAAUGAAUUUUCCUUUGGGACAAUAAAGUAUAUCUUAUCUUAUCUUACAACAGUAUAGCUGACUACAUAGACUCAGUGAAAGGAAAUACUCUGUCAAAGACAGCAACAUAAAACCAUACUAGUAUCAUUUAGGAACACAUUUUUUUUCAGACAGCACACAAAACUGUUUAUUUUUGUGAUCUCUCUCUUUAAAAUAAUCUUGUUUUGGGGUUUGGUUAAUUUUCUUGUAGCCCAGCAAUAAUGGCUCUCUGCUCAUCUGAGGCCACUUGCCUAUUGAGUCUAUUAAAUACCAGCAGACUUUCAUAAAAAAUGUUAUUCCUUAUUUUUUCACUAUGUAAAGUGUGUUUAUAAAAUGUAAUCUUCAAAAUAAAUAAUCACUCUGUGGCUUUGUCUUCGAGUUCUUUUACUCUGUUAAUAACACAGUUGUUGCUGUGCUAGAGUGCAGGUUGAGUGUUUCGUAGGGUUACAUUGUACUCUUGAUUCUCUGACUGAAGAGACUAUCUCUCUACCGCCAAGCAUUGAAAGCACGCCCUAUUGCUUAUCCAUAAACAGAUGUGUUAUGUCAAUGUCAAUGUCAUCGUCAGCUUUAUUUAUAUAGCACAUUUAAAAACAGCCAGUGGCCAACAAAAGUGCUUUACUGUAAAAAAAAGCCAGACGGUAAAAACAAUAAAAAAAACUAUAAAAACAAUAAACGCAUAAAACAUAUAAGAACAUAAAACAACAAUAUAGAUAAACACUUCCCCAAAAGCUUAAGUGAACAGGUGCAUCUUCAGAAGUGUUUUAAAAGUGGAAAGGCUGUUAGUAGUGCGCACUGUCAGGGGUAAAGCAUUCCACAAAGUGAGAGCCAGGACAGGAAAUGCUCUAUCUCCUCUAGAUUUUAAAAAGGUUCAAGGAACGUCUAAAGCCACCUAAUUAGCUGACCUCAGGGCUCUGGAGGGCUGGCGCAGUUUAUCAAGUUCAGACAGAUAUUCCGGGGCCAGCCCAUUCAGAGACUUAAAAACAAAUGAAAGAAUCUUAAAUUCGAUUCUGUACCUAACAGGAAGCCAGUGAAGAGAGGCAAGCACUGGAGUUAUGUGCUCCCGUUUCUUGGUCCCAGUUAGGAGACGAGCUGCAGCAUUUGAAUGAGCUUCAAGCAGUUGAGCUCUGAUUUGCCAAUGCCUACAUACAGGGAAUUACAGUAAUCUAAACGAGAUGUGAUAAAAGCAUGGAUAACUUUUUUAAGGUCCUUCUGGUUUAAAUAGGAUUUAACUUUAGGGAGAAGCCGUAGCUGAUAAAAGCUAGAUUUGACCACUGCGCUGUCCUGUUUGUCAAGUUUAAAAUCACCAUCAAUAAUAAAACCAAGAUUCCUGGCAUGGAACCCUAUGUAAGGUGCCAGUGAGCCAAGGGAGCUGGCAAGGACCUGAAUCAGGUCAGGGCGACCGGACAGGAUGACCUCUGUUUUGUUCUCAUUUAAUUUUAAAAAAUUAAGAUCCACCCAUGUCUUUACAUUAUUCACGCAGUUAAGCACGACCUGCAGAGAGUUUUUGGUCGGGACCUUAACAGGCAAAUGCACCUGCACAUCAUCAGCAAAAACAGUGAAAAGAAACACUAUGCUUUCUAAAAAUUGACCCCAAGGGUAGCAUAUAGAGGGAGAAUAGUAGGGGACCCAGAACUGACCCUUAAGGGACCCCGCAUGUCAGAGGGGCAACUGUGGAAGAAAACUGGCCCAUGUGCACAGAGAAAAAGCUCUCAGAGAGGUAUGAUCUGAACCAGCUCAAAGCAGUGCCUUUGAUGCCUACACAGCGUUCAAGGUGUGAUAGGAGGAUUGAGUGAUCCACCGUGUCUAACGCCGCUGUCAAGUCAAGGAGGAUUAAAAUGGCACAGUUACUAGAAUCAAGGUUCGACAAAAGAUCAUUAAAAACUUUUAAAAGAGCAGUUUCAGUGCUGUGAAGAGACUUAAAACCAGACUGAAACAGUUCACAAACAUUCUUGGAGUUGGUUAAAAACAACUUUCUCUAAAACCUUGGAAAUAAUAGGGAAUUUGGAUAUUGGGCUAAAAUUGGACAAAACCAAGGGAUCCAAGUUUUUCUUUUUCGAGACAGGCUGCACUGUGGCAUGUUUGAAGGAGGAAGGCACACUUCCGGAGCUGAGACACCGAUUAACGAGAGGCAAAAUAAAAGACUGAACUGUAUUAAAAACCUCCUUGAACAAACGGGAAGGAAUGCUAUCAGCAGGACAGUUAGCACUAUUUCAUUAAGUGUUCAGAGGGAAACAGGCACAAACUGCUGAAAUACAGCUGAGCUAGCUGAAGGAACAGAGGGGUCCUGAACAGACUGGGCAGAUGAGGACCUAAGAGCAGACAUCUUAUUGACAAAUAACUGCAGAAAGUCCUCACACAGAGAAGAUGAAGGCUCAAUACAGACAGCAUCACAGGGAUUUACUAAAGCGUCAAAUACAUUAAAAAAACCUGCAGUUUCUGAGCAUUAGAAGUGACAAGUGAGGAAAAAUACUCAGUUUUUGCAUUUUUCACAGCCUGCUGAUAGCUCAGGAGAAAGUCAUGUAGGACAUCCCAGUAAAUUUGGAGUUUGUCCCUUUUCCACUUCCUUUCCGCCUGUCUGCAUGCGUGUCUAAGCUCACGAGUGGACUCAUUUAAAGCCAAGGCUCAGUCUGUGGCUUUACAUGUCUUAAAGUCAUGGGAGCUAUGGAGUCCGAAAUCUCAGUGCAUACAGAAUCAAACAGAUUUAAACAAUCAUCCACACUGCGAUCACCAAAACCAACCAGAGAGUACAAGAGGGAGUCUUUAAAAGCAGCAGAGAACUGCAGAGUAGUUGAAGGAUUAAAAACACGGAGACGCUGAACAGGAGCAGAGUCGGUAGUUGGGGUUGCCGGCAGUGACGGGGAAAAUAAAACAGGUAGAUGGUCGAAAAAAGGCUGUGCGACAGAUAUCAGUUAUCUGCAAAUUCAAUCCAUAAGACAGCACAAGAUCCAAAAUGCGCCCCUUUUUAUUGCUUCUUCUCUGAAACAGAUUGCGUAAGAGUCAAUGAGAUUGAGAAAGUCUCUGACCAGAGGUCUGGUUUCACAGCAGACAUGCAAGUUGAAAUCUCCUACAAUUAAAAAGUGGUCAUAUUUAAGAGUGACACCCGACACAAAGUCUGCAAAGUCCUGUAUAAAGGUGUUGUUAAAUUUCGGUGUCAGUAGACCACCGCACAGAGGACAGUCACAGGGAGGUUUACCUCAAAGAGUUGGAGCUCGAAGCUGGAGCAGUUGACAGCUGGAGACUGCUUGCACUGAAAAGUUGAAAAAACCACAUCCAGGAGGAAGGAGCUCCGAAAAAGGCAAAAGUUCCCCUUCAUGGAUCCAGGUGUCCGUCAAGAACAUAAAAUCCAGUUCACAUUGCUGGAGCUGGGUUUGAGACAACAAAGAUGGUUUUGUACAACCCAGAAAGACACCAGAGCACAGUCUGCUGCUCCUUCAGGACAAAAAAGAGGCAAGGAGUAGCCGGCUGAUGCUCACCAACAAAAAUGAGGACCCAGAACCCCCCUGCCACUGUAAGUCAACUGGUGGAGGCAGAAGGACAAAAUAGCAGUGGUGUUAGCUAGAAGGGUCUGCAUAACCAUGGCCCUGUGAAGAUAAGCCAGCAGGCCAUCCAGAGCCCUUUGGUUCCUGCUUGGGCAGGUAGCUUUGCCAAAAAUGGAUCUGGAGGGGGUAAGCAGAGAGAAAAGAAAGAAGGGAAUCUGCCUACUAUGCAGCUAAAGAGCCAAAAGGGGGCUCUCCAGUGCUGCAGACAAUGUAAAAUAAAAUGUGCAUAUGAGGGGUCUCUCUGGAUUAUAAUGCUAACUCCACAGCUUGUACAAGAAUGUCCAUCUGCUGGACUGUAUCCGGCUAGCCCCUCGCUCCCUGGACCAACAGGGUUUACAUCAGGAUUGGCUCUACCACAUUUUUUAUUUAUCUAGUUUUUUGGGGGGUGGGGUGGGGUGAUCAUAAAUGUUUGUCCUUGAGCUGAGUCACCUCGCUGUAGUCCGUUAUGGACUGGCCUGAGGUCACGGUACAAACAAGCCUGGUAGUUUGCAUGUUGUACAUGCAGCUGUAAACAGUCCCUACAAGGAGGAAGUAUCCUGGAGUCCACUUCACCCCUUUUGUUGCAGAACAUCACAUAACGCAAAUCAUUAACAUCACAUAUGCUCGACGAUGGUGCAUACAUCCUGCAGACAAAUGUUUUUUUUUUUUAAGAGUAUUUCUCGCCCUGCAAAAGCACUUAUACAAUCACAACCUGUGAAAGCAUGUAGGCUGACAAGAGCAUCACCAAUGUCAUCUCCAAGCAGCUGAGCAGGGUUGCUGAUGCUGAGGUAUCUUGUCUGAUCCUGAGUGCCACAUUUACAUGGGGCACUCAUGGGGCAGUCUAUCUUCUUACAGUAUCCAAGGCAAAGGUUCAUAAUGUCUGUAGCCUCGCUCACAAGGACUGUGGAUCGGAAGCCUUUCUGGCUGUCAUGAUUUGCAUGUAAGAGCAUCCUGGUAUCUGCCUUCUCACUGGAAGAUUUCAGCUCUUCAAUCACAUUCCAGUCAGUUUUGCUCAGACAAUAGCAUGUCUCUCCACAGGUUGCAUAUAGCUGCUUAUCCAUAAGUUCCAUAGGUUCAGUGGUUCCUUCUGUGUCUACGAUUAAGGUUAUCAGGCCUGUUUUGCUGUCUGCGUGGAGGCUAUUGUAAGUGAGUCCACAGAUGUUAUGAUCCUUUGCCUUAGAUACUUGAAGAAGAUAAACUUCUCCAUGUAUCUGAAAUUUAGCACUCACAUCUCAUAUUUAGCACUAGAUACCUCAGCAUCAGCAACCCUACGCAGCUGCUUGGAGAUGACAUGGUGAUGCUCUUGUUGGCCUACAUGCUUUCAUAGGUUGUGUAAGUGCUUUUGCAGGGCGAGAAAAACUCUCUGAACCUGGGAUAUCGAAGAGGAUUUAUACAGCAAUAUGAAGUUAUUUGUCUGCAGGAUGUAUGCACCAUUGUCAAGCCUAUGCAAUGUUAAUGAUUUGCAUUAUGUGAUGUUCUGCAACAAAAAAGGUGAAGUGGACUCCAGGGUACUUCCUCCUCAUAGGGACUGUUUACAGCUGCAUGUACAACAUGCUAACUACCAGGCAGCAGUGUAGAGACACUGCCUGGAAGGACAUACCAGAGCCAAAAGAGUAUGGAUGGACAACUGAUGAUCAAGGUAAUCAUUUCACCAAAUACAUCUUCAUCAUCUUACUCUAAUACCAAAAAAGUAUAAUUCAAAAACAUUUUUUAAAAUUGAUGAGGAAUACCUUCCACUUUUUCUUAAAGGUAUGCUGAUAAUAGACUGGAUGUGGUCACCCCCAGCACCACUCUGGCCCAUAGCCUACAAGGGAUGUCCACUGUAGGUGACGGAGUCUAUUCCCAACAUGGACUCAGAAGACUGAUUGGAGUACAUGUCCCACCAACCCCUGAGCAACAAUGCACCUGCAGAACUGGAACAGUGUUUUCAUCUCAUAAGGGCAGAAAGUAGUCUGUGCAGGUCUCACCUUCAAACAACACAUUUCAUUCAUACACAACAUCCAAUGGAGAUAAAAAAAAGUUAAGUCAGUAAUGUGAAUGUGGAUGCACAAGAUGUUGACGUACAGGGUCUUGUGAAAAAUCAUACAAUGAUAAAAAAUCAAGUGUUAGCGGGAAUGAUCCCAGGUGCAAUGAGGGCGCAAGCAAAGAAAGAAAGAGACAGCAGAUAAAACAGUGUUCCAGACGGAGGCUGAAAUAAUGAUAUUUUAAUACACUAUUGUGAGAAAUGUAAGGCUUUUUUGAUCCGAAAAUCAUGUAAAGCUAUCAAAGUGGUAUCAGAAAGGAAAUACAGUCUGCAGAAAAAAAUGCCUGAUACCCCUCCUUUAAGUGUGCAGUAAAUGUGCAAACUGUUUAUUUGUGAAUUUGCAUUUCUCACCUCAGUAUAAAGUAAACUUGAAGGUAGAGUUGGCUUUUCCAUUGGUGGUGUUGCUUUGAAUGAAUUUGAAUGGACUAAAAAUCUAGCUGCUUGGCUGGUAGAAUUUGUGUUGAAGAUAAACACAUGGUACCUGUGCUUUAAUCAGAGAUGUCAAAGCAUUUAGUGAAGAGACAUGAAAUCAUGCCUAUAUAAGUAUCUUCUGUUAAAAAGUUCCAAAGACUACCACAUGGCUUCUUAUGUCCCUCACAGCCUGGGGUACGUUGGGACAGAUGGAAAGCUAGGGUCAAUACAUGACUGACUUUAUCAAAUAGACAGCUAUUGUCACUGGUGUUGCUUUGUGGUACUACGGUAACAGUAGAAUUUACUGUAUGCCUUAUGUAUGAUUACUUGUUGUGCUUACUGACUGAUUUCAUUUUGUACACUGCGCUUAAAAAACUGCUAAAAUGUGUAUGUACAGCUUCAGUAAGCAACAAAGCCGCUCCUCUCAAUGGAUAUUUGGAGCAUUACGGUACGCUGUGUCACUACCUGAGCGGUCCUGUAACAGGACCCCUGAGCAGUCUACAACACUGCCUGACUGUAAUGUCUAAAUUAGAAGUGCAUUCAUGUAAGGAAGCCCGGGCCCGGAGUACGCACUAGCAACAAUUAACCAAUCAGAGAGCAGUAUUUAGUAUGCUUAUCCCCGCCACUUUUUAUACGUAAUAUGUUCUGUGCUUCAACUUUAUAUAACAGUACAUUUGUGUGUGUACGUAAAGGGACCCCAAAAAUGGCACCUGUGAAGAGGGAUGCAUACAAAGCGGGUUUUAAACUCCAAGCUAUCAGCUAUGCAGCAGAACAUGGGAAUAGAGCAGCUGUGAAAGAAUUCAACAUCAAUGAAUCAAUGUUACGGAAGUGGAGCAAGCAAGAAGAUGAGUUGCGCCAAGUAAAGAAGACCAAACAGAGCUUCUGCGGGAACAAAGCGAGAUGGCCCGAGUUAGAGGACAAAAUUGAACAGUAGGUUAUUGAACAGAGAACAGCAAGGAAAAGUGUCUCUGCAGUUUCCAUUCAACUCAAGGCAACAGCAAUAGUACAGGAUAUGAAGAUCAAUGACUUUCGUGGAGGUCCUUCCUGGAUCUUCCGUUUUAUGAAACAGCACCAUCUCUCCAUCUGCACGAGAACUACCGUCUUGCAAUAACUGCUAAAGGAUUACAAAAAAACACUGGCCAUCUUCCACACUUAUUGCCAGAACAAAAUCACUGAAGAGAAAAUACAGCCAGACCACAUCACAAAUAUGGAUGAGGUCCCCCUGACUUCCCCGUGAACCAUACUGUCAAAAAACAGGGACCAGUACAGUAUCUAUACGCACCACAAGGAACGAGAGGGCACCUUCACUGUAGUUCUCGGUUGCCAGACUAAUGGCCAGAAACUAUCACUGUUCCUUUUGAUUUACGACUCCAUGUGCAUCCAUUUCACUGACACUGUCAAAACAUAAGUGAAGGAAACUAAUUCGGAGCUUGCAGUCAUUCCGGGAGAAUUAACCAAAGAACUCCAACCACUAGAUAUUUGUGUCAACAGGGCGUGCAAAGGAAAAUUGUGAGCGGCAUGGGAGCACUGGAUGACGGAAGGUGAACACACCUUUACCAAGACAGUUAACUCAUGAGCAAUGAGCGUGGUCUAGACCUGCUCUUUUUUAUUUUGGAAAGCAUUAUGGGAUAAUGGCUGCUGUGAAUUGGCGCUGUAUAAAUAAAAUUUGAUUGAUUUGAUUGACAGGGAGGCAACGCCGGGCUAGUUAAGAAUAAGAAAAACUUUAUUAAUUCCCGAAGGAAAUUCAGUUGUCUGUUGUCUUACAUAACAUGUCUCUAAAAGUCAUCUACUAUUUACACAAGAGUUAUAAAGUCUGAUGGCUGUGGGUAUAAAAUAUCUUCUGAAUCUUUCUGUCCUGCAGCAUAGAGAGAGGAGCUGUAUGGAGGCUUGUCAAUAAUAGUAAAAAUGCAACACCCUGGUUACCAAUAAGUCUCACCCAUGAAUGGCAGAGAUGACUCUGCUUCACCGGUCACAAUCAACAGAAAUAUGACUCACAAUUAUUGAGAUGCAAGCUUUGAACACCCAGUCAAUAAAAGUAAGUUCCAUGAUUAACGGUCAUACCAGUAUUAGUUUGGUCUCUUACUGCCUUCAUCAACAUUUUUAUGGCAUCUUGAAUCAAAAAACUUGUAUCAUUAAGAAGGUAAUUAGGGGGUAAAUUGGGUCAGGUAUAAAGACAAGAAGCUGGUAUUGAAUUUCACUUGAUUUGCCUGUCACUCCUUGUCAUUUUCAUCCUCAUUAAAUGUUUCUUUAAGUUCAACACACUGACAGUCGACAGAGCACCACCAGGAUGGAGAGGAUCUUUCUGGGUCUCUUGUGUCUCUCAGGUCAGUAAAACUAUUGCAGCAGAUGACUCUGAUUCUCCUAAAAAAAAAAGAUGAUUGAAAUUAUUUUGAUGACAUGUUUCACAAAAAUUAGGACAGGCACAUCUUUACCUUUCUGUUGAUUUAUCUGUUCCCCAACAACACUGUUAAAAACUGGGAACCUGCUAAACAGUUCAGGCCCCCUUUGUUCUGUUUUAUUCAUUCAGUACAGGUUUCUCCUAAACCUGUAAAUAUUGUUCAGCAUAAAUGUAGCCCCUAUGGAUAUGUAAACUACCCAUGCCAUUCGUAUUGUGUUGUUCGUGAAUGAUUCGUUCAAAAGAACAGAAUCUUUUAAAGGAAUACUGAACCUAAUCACUUCCUCUAGUGAUUUGUUCAUUUUUCACUUCAGUUGAGCUGAAAGUAGAAACAACAUUGCCAAGCCUGCAGCCAGCGAAGAAGGGACCACAUGCGCUGACGUCUGAAUCACUUGAUGAAUGAAUCAUGCAUUGAACUACACUCUCUGGAAACAUUUUUCUUGGACAAAAUUACAAUUUUUUACUGCUAAAUUGCAACCACAACAACUUGCAUACAAUAGGUCACAGCAUUCAACAAAUAGUGCAUUAAACCUGCAGCAUCCUAUCGUUGCAGCAGUUUGGGAGGGAACGGUGCAUCUUCAGUAUAAAUUUUUCUAAAUGUUCAGUGAACGAGUCACUUACUGACACCAAUUUACCAAACAGACCUGGUAAAUAGCAUACCAUAGGACAGUACACUUAGAACAUCAUGACUUAUAAACAAGUUUAUUUUUACAAACCUGUUUGACGAAGCAACACAGCCAAACACUCUCGUCUCCUGGCCCCAGAAGCUAUGAAUUGAACUGAAUUCUGAAACGUUUAGCUGUGUAUCAGUUCAGGAGGUCAGAGUCGCAGGCUUCUCCCGCUAAAUGAUUUGAUGAUUUGGUCAACGAAUCUUUUGAACGAAUCUUUUUAGUGAACUAAUUCUAGUGAUUUAGUACAUCUAAAAGAACUGCGGUGCCCAUCACUACAUGCCAUUGACACUUACGAUAAAUUGUUGUGAUUUCUUGCCUUUUCAACCCGCUAUUUUAAGCUCGAUGAAGGGAACAUUGUUCUGAAAAUGUGUCUUUGAUAAUCAAUAAAUUGUUCCAUUUACCAUUAAGGACAAUGAAAAAAUGAGCAGUUUUAAUUGUUGAGGAGAGGAUAAAUAAUAGGGAGGUUACAUAGCAGUGUUUUGUUUGCAGUAUUUAUUGCACAUCAAAUUAAAAAGUGUGUGCCAGUAAUUGUGCCACUGGUUAAAGGAUUAAGCCUCUUUUCUUCUUGGAAACAGCUACUGAACAUGAACUUUAAAUUCCUUAGAUUCCGCUGCUAAUGAGACACAUAAUUAAACAAGAAAACGUAUUCAAAUAAGCAUCAAUACAACUAGUGCAGUGGCGAAGUACAAAUUUGAGCCAGAAUCGCUCAGUUGGUGAUACAAGCAUGACAUUGGGCAUGAACAUUCUCCAUGGGUAACUUUACUAGAUAAGUGUCCCAGCCAUUUAAAAUUUCAAGAUGGAGGCCAUCUUGAAAUUUCAAGCAACUUGGGGCAUUUUCUUAUUGAGUGACUCAUGAAGACUGUUCAUAUCUAUUUUCAUGCUGAUAUCACCAACUUAACAAGGACAAAACCUAAUUGUUCCACCUAGGUGGCGGCCAUCUUGAAAAAUGGCAGCCAUAUUGAAAUUUCAAAUGGUUGGGACACUUUUCUUGUAAAGUGACCCAUGAAGAAUGCUCAUGCCAAUUUUCAUGCUUGUAUCACGAACUUAACGAUUAUGUCACUUAUCUGCUCCACUAAACCUGAGACUAUAAAUACAGAUUACAUCAACAAGGCCAGGCUAUGGCCUGUUAACCAGUCUUGGAAAAUGCACAGGAAUUUUUUCACUAUCCAUCUCUGCCCAAACACUGGACUGAGCGUAAGACAGAAACUACCAGCAAGUGACUUCUUCUUCUUAAUUUCUGGCAGAAUCAACUCAACUUGGCUCAUUACUCUCUCCAGCUUGUGACUGAGUCAUGUCACCGGCUUGCCUCAUAUUGGCAGAGAAGUGGGGGUAGCCAGAUACUGCGACAAAUAUCCCCUAUAAUCUUAUAUGUUUCCUUUCACUGUGAAAUUGGGAGAUUAGCAGGAGAAAAUACUCUAUCAGAGUAUUGUGGGAGAUGGGGUUAAUAUCAGCAUGAAUGGAAGAGUUGACAAGUAUUGUCUCUGGCUCAUGGGAAGAGAUCUGUUUAGUUGUUUCAGUUAAGAGGGGGCAGUCAUUUAGGGGCAUGUUGUGUAUAUCAGCAGAUUCUGAUUGAACCAGAAACAAAUUGGGAUGAUCUACCAACACUGACAGACUGCAGAAAACAUGACAACUUUGUGAUGUUGCAAUUAUAAAACAUGUCAGCUGUUUGUCAUAUGUGUUCUCCUCACAGGAUGGCGCUUCCUCUCCUGCCUUCCCCACCAGUUCCACUCUGUUGCUGAACCCAAGGCCUGGACUGAAGCUCAGACCUUCUGUAGAGAGACUUACACAGACCUGGUCACUGUUAAAAGCGCUGAAGAAGUCAAACAAGUCUUAGCCACAGCUGUAGCUCAUGGUAACAACGAAGCGUUCUGGAUUGGUGUGUACAUAAAGAUUGAAUGGAAAUGGUCAGACGGCUAUACAGCAAGUGGGGGUGACUACAUGAACUGGGAAAAUAUUAAGGACAACGAGCCAGACUUUGGUGGAGGUGUCCAGUACUGUGUGGAAAUUGAAGAUGAUGGAAAAUGGUGGGAUUAUUAUUGCCUGAAAAAGCUGUCCUUCAUCUGUUACAGAGGUAUGACCAGGGUUCAAUAUAAGGGUGUGUCGAGACUUUUUUUAAUUCACUAAAAAUCUGAAUUAAGUUUAUUUUCAAGUAGGUUUACACAUAACAUGACUCUGUCAUUGUCUUUUGUGUUUCAGGGCUAAAUUAAGGACUGUAGGAUAAUAACGCAAAUAAAAUAAAAAUAUGUGAGAUAAAAUGGCAACAUACAGAUAGAAAUAAGUAAGCCGAUUUUUCACAGUAAUACUGUUACUGUCAGGGAACGGUUCAUAAAAACAGUUACAAUUUAAUAAAGAUAAAAAAUCUAAGUAAAGCAGGGGUAGACUGAUUGAUCAGGAGGAUUAAUGAGGCUGAUCAAUGGCAAUUUGAAAUAAUCAGUAUCAGCUGAGAUCUGGACUCAUCAGUCCAAUUGAAACCAUGAACAAAUCGUGUCUGUAGACACUGCAGUCAUACUUGUUUAAGAAGGCACUGCCAAGUUACAUAACCAUCCCCUUUAAUGACAUCAGAAGAUAAGACUUACUCUUACUGGCCAGUGUUUCAUAUAAAAUAUGUCAGGUACUGAUAUAUUUGUAGAAGAGCUCACUGCAUUUUUCUAUUUUGUGAAUACAUUUUAUAUUCAGAGAAAACUGUGUAUCCAGCUAAGAUAGUUGUGUAUGUUAGAUCACAACUUGCCUGGAGUGAUGGGUUUUCUUAGUAUUUCAAUGUUAUAUCUUAUUGUCCUCGUCGUUUUCUUCCGCUUCGUGUGGGUACGGGUCGCUGGGGAAGCUACUCCAGGAGGAAGAAGGGAAGAUGGCCCUCUGCCCAGCCACUUCCACCAGCUCUUCCAGGGGGACUCCCAGGCGCUCCCAGGCCAGGCGAGAGAUAAAAUCCCUCCACCUGGUCCUGAGCCGGCCACAAGGUCUCCUCCUGGUGCAACAUGUCUGGAACACCUCUAACGGGAGACAUCCAGAAGGCAUCCUAACCAGAUGCCCGAGCCACCUCAGCUGACUCCUCUCGAUGUGGAGGAGCAGCGGUUCUACUCUAAGUGCCCCCUGAGUGUCUGAGCUCCUUACCCUAACUCUAAGUCUGAGCCCGGCCACCCUGCAAAGGAAACCCAUUUCGGCCGCUUGUAUCCACGAUCUUGUGCUUUCGGUCAUUACCCAAAGUUCAUGGCCAUAGGUGUGGGUUGGCACAUAGAUCAACCGGUAAAUCAAGAGUCUUGCCUUACGGCUCAGCUCUUUCUUCACCAUGCGUCUGCAUCACUGCUGACGCUGCUCCAAUCUGCCUGUCGAUCUCCCGUUCCAUCCUACCCUCACUCAUGAACGAGAUACUUGAACUCCUCAACUUGAGGCAGGACCACCCCUCCGACCUGGAGAAGGCAAAUACCUUUUUCCAACUAAGGACCAUGGCCUCGGACUUGGAGGUGCUGAUUCGCAUCCCAACCAUUUCACACUCGGCUGUGAACCGCCUCAGCAAGAGCUGAAGGUCACUGCUCGACGAAGGUAGAGGGACUACAUCAUUCACAAAAAGCAGCAACGUGAUCCUCUGCCUGCCGAACUGGACACCCCCCAUCCCUUGGCUGCACCUAGGAAUUCUGUCCAUAAAGGUUAUGAACAGAACUGGUGAAAAAGGUCAGCCCUGGCGGAGUCCAACUCUCACUGAAAAUGAGUCCGAUUUACAGCAGCUUACACGGACCAAGCUCGUGCUCCUUUGGUUAAGGGAUUGGACGGCCCUUAAUAAGGAGCCCUCCACCCCAUACUCCCAGAGAUCCCUCCUCAAGAUUCCCCUAGGGACACAGUCGUAGGCCUUUUCUAAGUCCACAAAACACAUGUGGACUGGUUGGGCAAACUCCCAUCUCCCCUCCAGAACCCAAGCAAGGGUGAAGAGUUGAUCCGUAGGUCCGUGACCGGGAUGAAAACCACAUUGUUUCUCCUCAAUCCAAGUUUCAACUAUCAAUCAGACCCUCUUUUCCAGCACCCUGGCGUAAGCUUUCCUGGGUAGGCUGAGGGGUGUGAUCCCCCUGUAAUUGGAACACAUCCUCUGGUCCCCCUUCUUAAAGAUAGGGACCACCACCCCGGUCUGCCACUCCAAUGGCACUGCCCCCGAUUUCCAUGCAAUAUUGUAGAGACGUGUCAGCCAGGACAGCCCCAUUACCUCCAGAGCCUUCAGAUACCCUGGUUGGAUCUCAUCUGCUCCUGGAGCUCUGCCACCAUGAAGUUGUUUUCCUACCCUGGCGACUUCUAUCCCAGUGAUUGGACGGUCCACUUCCAGGUCCUCCAACUCUGUUUCCCCUUGGGAAUGCAUGAUGGUAGGAUUAAGGAGCUCCUCAAAGUAUUCCUUCCACUGCCGAAGAAUUGCCCCAGGUGAUGUCAGCAGCUCCCCGCCCCCAUCCAGAACGGUGUAGGCAAGUUGCUGUCUGCUGCCCCUGAGACGCCGGACAGUUUGCCAGAACCUUUUUGGAGCCGACCAAAGGUCUUCCUCCAUGGCCUCACCAAACUCCUCCCAUGCCCGAAUGUUUGCCUCUGCAACUGCCCUGGCUGCAGACGGUUCAGCCUACCAAUACCGUUCAACUAGCCAACCAUGACCUGUAGGCAUCCUUCUUCAGCCUGAUAGCUCCCCUCACCUCUGGUGUCCACCACCGAGUUUGGGGAUUAAUGCCACGACCGGCACCAGUGACCUUGUGGCCACAGCUUGCAACAGCUACUUCGACAAUGGUAGAGUGGAACAAAGCCCAUUCGGACUCAAUGUCCCCCUCUGCCCUUGGGACGCAGUUGAAGCUCUGUUGGAGGUGGAAGUUGAAAGCCAGCUGGACGCGAUUUUCCACCAAGCAUUUCCAACAGACCCUCACUAUACGUUUGGGCCUGCCAGGUCUGCGAGGUGGCUUCCCUUUCCACCUGACCCAACUCACCACCAGGUAGUGAUCAGUUGACAGCUUUGCACCUCUCUUCACCUGUGUCCAAAACAUGUGGAUGCAGGUCAGAUGAUAUGACUACAAAGUCAAUCACUGACCUACGGCCACGGCUGUUAUGGUGCCAGGAGCACCAGAACAACCUUUUGUUCGAACAUGGUGUUAGUUGUGGUCAAACUGCGACAUGCACAGAAAUCCAACAACUGAACACCACUCGAGUUCAAAUCGGGCAGGCUGUUCCUCCCAAUCACGCCUCUCCAGGUCUUGCUGUCAUUGCCCACGUGAGCGCCGAAGUCUCCAAGCAGAACAAUGGAGUCCCCAGCCGGGGCGCUGUCCAGCAUCCAUCCUAGGGUCUCCAAAAAGGGUGGGUAUUCUGAACUGUUAUUCAGUGCAUAUGCACAGACAACAGUCAGGACCCGUUCCCCGACCUGGAGGCACAGGGAAGCAACCAGCCAAGAAAACCCCAGCAUCCCGGCGGUGAGCCUUGGGGCAAGCAAAAAUCCCACCCCCGCUCUCCGCCUUUCACCCUGGGCAACUCCAGUGUGGAAGAGUGUCCAACCCCUCUCAAGAACUUGGGUUCCAGAACCAAUGCUAUGUUUAGAGGUGAGACCGAAUAUAUCUAAUCGGUAGCGCUCAACCUCACCCACAAUCUCCAGCUCCUUCGCCACCAGUGAGGUGACAUUUCAUGUUUCAAGAACCAGUUUCCAUAACCGAGGAUUAGACCGCCAAGGCCCCCGCCUUGGUCCGCUGCCCAAUCCAUCAAGCACCGGACCCUUCCAGUGACCCACCACCUGCAGGUGGUGGGUCCACUGGGGCGGUGUCCAUGAGGCCCGUUUUGGCUGGCGUGGGUGCAGGCCCCAGGCUCCAGGGUGGGGCCCCGGUGUCCCUCCGGGCUGGGUACACUGUUUCCCUUUGUUCUUUUUUAUGAGGGUCUUCUGAACUGUUCUUACUGACCCUUCUCCUAGGACCAAUCUGCCUUGGGAGACCCUACCAGGGGCAAAAAGCCCCUGGACAGCAUCGCUUCUAGGUUCCUUAGAGCGCGCAAACUCCUGAAAAUUUCAGCAUCGGUACUACAAGAGAUACUGCCACCUAACAGGAGGUUUAUCAAAAAAUAAACUUUGAAUUUUAAAAACAUUUCCUCAUUUUUCAACUCUAACUGCAGGUACACCACAGGAUCCAGAGUUUGUUUUUGUCCAAGAGAAAAUGAGUUGGUUUGGUGCUCAGAGGUUCUGCAGAGAGAACUACAUAGACCUGGCCACUGUGAGGAACAGCACUGAGAACCAGAGGCUCCACAACACAAGGCCAAACUCAGACUGGGCAUGGAUUGGUUUGUACAGAGAGCCAAACAUUCACUGGUCUGAUGGGAGUGACUCUGCGCUUACGUUCUGGUCUGGUUCAACCUCACUGGGCAACAGGAGUGUGAUGUGUGGAGCUGGAUCUGUGAGCAUUUCAGGAGAAUGGUGGGCAUUGCCAUGUGAAUGGACAUUCCCAUCUGUGUGCUACUCCUCUGGUAAGUGACUAAACUGUCCUUUAGUUUAAAUUUGGUAUCUCACAGUUAUUACAUGGCAUGUUCUUCUUCUCUGUUUCUGAACCAAAGUGGAAAAACGGGUGAAAAAUUUCAAAAUGAUAAAAACCUGCAGCUGUCUGUCAUAUGUAUUCCCCUAACAGAAUGGAUAUUCACCUCCUGUCUUGCCCAUCAGUACCACUUUGUUGCUGAACCCAAGGCCUGGACUGAAGCUCAGACCUUCUGCAGAGAGACUUACACAGACCUGGUCACUGUUAAAAGUGCUGAAGAAGUCAAACAAGUCUUAGCCACAGCUGUAGCUCAUGGUUACAACUCUCUGGUCUGGAUCGGUCUGUACACUAAUAUUGAAUGGGAAUGGUCGGACGGCUUCACAGCCAGUGGGCCCAAAUACAUGAACUGGGAAAAUAUUAAGGACAACGAGCCUGACUUUUCUUCAGGAAACCAGUUCUGUGUGCUUAUUACAGAUGAUGGUAGAUGGUGGGAUGAUUUCUGCUUUGAGGAACUGACCGUCAUGUGUAACAGAGGUAAGAGGUUAAAAAAAAAAAAACAACAACAACACUGGGGCUGGCCCAGAAUAGCACACUGACAAUAUACUUCUUUUUAUACAGAAGUCGAUCUUCUGAUAGGAUACAUCUUGGUUUAUGAUUUUGACACAGCAUUAGAGUUGGCUAGCCAGAUUUAAAAGGAGGUCCAGACACACCCCAAUCAACGGAUACUAACAGGUUUACAAGGUUUAUUGUCUGCUUAACAUUUCCUACUUUAUUUCACUCCGAUAGCAGAUACACCACACGAUCCAGAGUUUGUUUUUGUCCGUGAGAGAAUGAAUUGGUUUGAUGCUCAGAGGUUCUGCAGGAAGAACUACAAAGACCUGGCCACUGUGAGGAACGGCACUGAGAACCAGAAACUUCAGAGCGUAAUACCAGAUGAAUACUACCCAUGGAUUGGUUUGUACAGAGAUCCAAACAUUCACUGGUCUGAUGGGAGUGAUUCCUCGUUCCAGUUCUGGGAUUUUGGAUCAAACCAACUGGGCUCAAGAAGUUUAGUGUGUGGAGCUGCAGCUGUGUGGAAUUCAGGAAAAUGGUGGGCAUUGCCCUGUGAAGAAAAACACCCAUUUGUGUGCUACUCCUCUGGUAAGUGACUCAACAGUCCUUUGGUUAAAUUUGGUAUCUCACAGUUAUUACAUGGCAUGUUCUUCUCCUCUGUUUUUAAGUGGCAAAACGGGUGGUAACACAGGAGAUAAAGACAGAGGACCCCUCUAUGGACCUGAAUGACCCUGCUGUGAGAGCAGACAUCCUCAGAGAGGUGAGCCUCCACAUGCAUGACAGACAAGUUUAUCCAUUAAAUACUUCUUUUGAUCAUCAUUUUUUCAUUUCUUUGAGCUAGUUUCCAUUUCAAUGAAUUCUGCUUUUAACAAACAAAGAUUUAAUAUAAAUCGUCUCUAUUUAUGUUUCCAGCUCCAGAACUGGCUGGAGGAGAAUGGACUGAGCGGAGUCACUUUGAAGUGGAGAGUGUGGCCCUGA